GGGACUGGCGCUGACAGGCGAGCGAGGAGGGAAGGCGAGCGGGAAGGCGGCUGCUGCUGCUGCUGCUGUUGCUGCUGCUGUGGCGCAGCGCGGAGACCGGCCUCCUCCGCAGGCGCUGCCUCCCCUUCUCCCUCCCCCGUUUUCUUCUUCUUCUUCUUCUCCCCCCCCCUUUUUCCUCCUCCUCCCCCCUCCCUCGGACUCCCCCCCCCCUCAGAGCUGCGUCGGGGAAGGAGGCGAAGGAGGGAUGAGAUAAUCCCCGAGGGGAGGGGGGAAGGGGGGAGGACAGGGCGGGUGGGGGCUUGAUUAGGGGAGGGGGCACGGGAGGGGAGGGGGGAGGGCUCUUUCUGGGUGGGGUGGGGAGCACCUCUUGCUCCUCCUCCUGGAAAGGGGCAUUUUUUUUUCUUCUGGCGGGAGGGGGGAGGUAGGUAAGUUUAGGGAUCUAAAUAGAGGGGGGGGGCAGGAAGGUGCUGCCUCCAGAUGAGGAGGGGGGUCUGAACCCUCUUUUUUUGGGCAAGGGGAUUUUGGGGGGAAAUGAUAGAUCAGUGGCACGGUUUGGGGGGGUUACAUGUAGGGUGUUUUGAAUUGGGUUUUUGGGGGGAGGGGUAAUACAAAGCCUUGGCUUUGGGGUGAGUGCGAGUGGGGUGGGUUUUUUUAAGGGAUCAGCUCAGGGCAGCCAUUUAGGAGGCAUAGGACAAAUUGGGGGUGCGAAGGUGAGCCGCCGCCAAGACCCCGUAUCUGUAUUUUCUCUACUGCUGUCCUGAGGUUGCUGUCGAGGCGGGUAUUUUUGUGCCUGGAGUAGGGAUUUGGAGUGGCACUGGGUUUUUUCUUUAACUCAGAGUGGUACAGGGUUUUGCUUUAGGUGGGGUAGUCUUUGGAUUUGGGGUUCCCUCCUCCCCCAUCUUUUUUUAACUCCCUCCGUUCUUUGAAGAAGGAAAGAGGACAAGGCACUACAGAAGAGACCUGUAUGCGUGCUGCCUUCUAUAACAUAUUUUUUUGGCUUCGUUCCUGGAGGAGUUCUUUUUUCACACAUAAGUCUGCCUCUAGAUUUCCUAAAAGGAAAACGAAUAAAAAGGAACCCAUAAACGCACACCGAACCUGCCUCUGGGAGGGAAAUAGCCAGGUGAAAACGCACUCUGUUUCCAUGGACAACCCGUCCAUUAUCACCCAGGUGACUAACCCCAAAGAGGAAGAAAUCCUGUCUUGCUCUCAGGAUAAAGGUGAGAAACUGUUCUCUAUGGGUACACAAUACUGUCCUAAUGGUUGCAUACAAAAUGGGCAAGCUGUUUUGUUUUAAAUUUUUCCUGUAAUAUUCCUUUCAGCAUUGUGCCAGUGUAGACUCGGGUUGCUGCUCUGGUGUAGCACCUUGAACCUCUUCACUUAACUGUUUUGCUUCAGUCCAGCAGUAAAUUAAGACAUCACUAUAGCUAUUGAAGUGGAAUGCAUUUUUGUGCCUCUCUGUGUUUUGUCUCUACUCCAAUUGGUGUUGAGUGCAACUCGUGUAACCUUGUUGUUCCUCUGCCAGCUAGAGUUUGGGCCAAGUCCAAGCUCUAGGGAGGCAGACCUUUACUGAACUUAGUAGGAUGGUUUUGAAAUCUUGGCAAUUUGGGCACUGAGGAAUUUGUGUUUUUUGGAAGAGGCUGGUGUAAACAUCCUUCAAACUCUGGAUUAAAAUGAUUGAUUUGGAGACUUUUUGUUUAAGGUGUUUUGCGCUGAAACAGCUAGAAAUGGUCAGGGAAAGCAAUAAGGUGUACCAGUUUGGAUGUAAAGAUCCUACCCAUAACAUGCAUUGAACGUUGCCCUCCAGUUCAAAAACCAGGUCAAACUGUUUUCAUUUUUCCUUCAGCAAAAGCAAGGCUUGAACCAAGAUCAAGGUGGAUGGUCAAAACUUCAGAAUUUAAGGGGCGUUUUAGACCAGUGAAGCAUGAAAGAAGUCAUUGACUGUGCGCUCAAUGUGUGGUGGCAUGAAAUGCAAUGGGCAGUCCUUAAAAAAAAAGGACAUGAAAUAAACCUGGUGGUACAAAUGUAGUCACCUGAAAAAUAAUAAAGAUUAUAAUCUUCCUCAUGGCUGCAGAUUUAUUUUUCAAGUUGUUGUAGCUAUCUCUUUUACUGUAGUGUAUGGUGUCUGCUCCAAUUCUCUGCUUGUGUGGUGUGGCUAAUAGGUAAUAAUCUUUGUCAUGAUGGCUAGAGUAUCCUGCUGUGUAGGGGUUUGAUAUCCUUUUCAUUUUUGUUUAUUUGUUUUAAUUCUGUGAUUUCCCUCAUACCAUUCAUACUCAUCAUCACCAUCAUAUAAAAAAGAAAGCCGUUAUUUUGAAACCAAUUUAAUGCUGUUAGUUAACGCAUUCAUCCAUGUUGGAUAAUCCUUUUCCUUCUAUAGUGAGGAAGCUUUCAGAUUUUUCAGGUUUCCAAACCGUUCGUCUUGUUCAUCAUGCUCCUUGUACAUGCUCUUGUAAUAGGGAGUCCUGUUACUAAAGAGACCAGUCUACAUAAAACAGAACUGUGUACAGUUUACAUUGUUUUUGGAAUAUAAACCCAUGUCUAACAGAUAAAUAUAGUGGUGGCAGUGGAAAAUGAGGAACAAAUGUGAGAACUUACUAGCAACCUCUGUACUAAGGUGUUCUGUUCAAUGUGAACCGUGGUUAAGAGGGAACAGGCUGUGGGGCUCCAUGCUUGAUUCCCUUCCCUGCCAGAUCUUAACCAGGGUUAAUGGUUGCUAACAGACAUGAUUAAUACUAGCCACUGUUUUAGCUGGGGUUGGAACUUUGCUAGCAAACCAUGAUUAGUGUUAAGUGAUUAAAACUAGAGUAUGAAACAUGCUCAUGUGAGUAGAUGGACUGGUGGGGAAAGAACAUUUGAUUUUGAAAAGAAAAACCCACUAAGAUACAAGAGCAUUACAACUGCACUGGCUCGAGGAAAUUUCCUAGUACUUCUCACUACUGGUGUUAUGUUGAAGCCGUUGCAUAAACCAACACUUGUCAGAAACAGAUGAUUUAAUUGAAAAACCUAUUAAACGCAAGGAGUGAAGCAAGAGACCUUCUCCAUCAAACUCUGGAUAUUGGAGACAAUCAAGAGAGGACUGUCUCCUGUAUUCUCUGCUUAUAAGCUUCCUGGAAGUAGCUGACUGGCUACAGUUAGAAAGGCAGGGCUAGAUGGGCCCCCUGAUCAGAUUUAACAGAUUAUGCUCCCGGAGACUACCUGUUAGGAUCCACAAAGUUGGAUUGCCUUGCUAACACGAGUCAGGAUUGUGUCCCUCUUCAAUGCAAUCUCAUGCAUGUUUAUUCAAAAUAAACUUUCACUGUGCUAGGUGGGGUUUAUUCCAGCAUUAGUGUGUUGGGUUUUGGAAGCUGGAGCCAGGGAGAUGAAGGUUUGGUUGGUUGGCAAACAGCGCAUAUGUUCCCCUCCGGAGUUCUAGUGAAAGUUGGGACUUGUUUUGGCAGCAGGUGAUGGAACUGCUCCAAGUGCGUAAGUGGCCCACCACCAAAAUGCCCAGCCACAACUUCCUCUAACUUGAUGCUAGUGAGCUGUAAAAAGAAAUUGCAGAAUUACACAACAGAGGAUUUUAAAUUUCAUACUUGUGGGGUUAGUGUAUAUAAUUUUGUGGGUGUUCCCCCCCCCCCCGGUAGAUUUUUAGAUAAGAGGGUGGUUUCUUGAUAUGCAGCAAAGGCAGCGGGAAAUAACUGCUUGUGCAGCUGUCUUUUUUCAUGUUGGGCCUGUUUCUACAGCUGUUUAUGAUUCUUAUUUGUUUGCUUUGUCUCCUCAUCACCAUUGCCAGAGGGUGAUGAAACACUCAUGGUGAGCGUGGGGAGUGGAACGGUGGACCCCUGCUACUAGUGAAGCUUUAGUAAUGUGCAGGUGUUGACACAUCUGCCUGCCAGUUGUAAUUGCUCUGGUCUUUUUGGUGAACAAAAAGCCAGAAGCUCACAGGUUGCCAUCCAGAAUUCUCAUUUUUGCUGAGGUUUGGAGUAGGUAAGAAGAGAUUUUGUUGCUCUUACCUUCUCAAAAUCACAGCACAAACAGGAGAAAACCCUGCCUACCAAAGCACUUGUUAAUUGCAGCAAAUAGUAUCUUCAUAGUAGGCCAAGUCAACAUUCAUGGACUAUUUAUCCACAUACAAUAUUGACUUUGCGGAUGGGCAGCAUGUCUGCAACUAGACAAUUUACAGCAUAAGCUGUCUCUGGAGCUGCUUUAUAAGUUUUUGUAUGCUUUCUUCCUCUUGAAAAAAUUCGUUCAGCAUUUUAGCUUUGCUACAGAUCUAAAGUAUCUUAGGAUGAGAGAAAGUGGCUUGCCCAAGUUCACCCGGUGAACUUCAUAGUUGAACAGGGAUUUGAACUUUAAUUUCCCACAUUCAAACUCAAUACUCUAGACCAGGCAUAGGCAAACUCGGCCUUCCAGAUGUUUUGGGACUACAAUUCCCAUCAUCCCUGACCACUGGUCCUGUUAGCUAGGGAUCAUGGUAGUUGUAGUCCCAAAACAUAUGGAGGGCCAAGUUUGCCUAUUCCUGCUCUAGACACUAUAGUAUGGAGGCAAAUAACACCGCCUGUGCUCCAUAUAGAUAGCAGUUGGUAAGCAAGCCUGCUUCAGACCAAUAGCUGGCGUAGACCUUCUCAUGAUGUGGUGUCAUCAUGUCACACAAAAUGGAUAUGGGCUGGUUUUAAAGAAUGACACAGUUACUGGUCAAUAAUGGUCACUCUUGUUGCAUCAAUGGAAUAAGUGAAUUCUUCCCAGCCUGAUAAAGAAGUUGACCCAUAUUGAUGUACACUAUUUGGGCUAAAGCUCUUUAAUUUAUAUCAGAAUUUGUUAGGAUCAGACUCAUAAAAUGACUUAAGAAAACAAUGGUUUACAUACAAUUUGUGUUAGUUUCUAAGUGUGCUCUGAAAACUUGAUGCUAAAGUAACAGAAAAUCAACUACGCAUGCAUGUAUAAAAAUACAUAGUUUUUAUAUUACAAUAUGAAUGUUUAUAUUUCCAAUGGAGGGUGUGUGUGGUUUUUUUUUUUUUUUUACAAAACUCUGUUGCAUAACAAAAUUUCCAUUUGUAAUAAUACAAUGAAUGGAUACAGUGUUGAUCAAAUUUCUCAUUUUCAAAGUUGUAAUCAAUGUAACUGUAAGGGCCAUGUAAUGUAUAUGUGAGCAUGUGUUGGAAAGUCAGGUGAACCUGGAGACAUUUCUGAUCCAAUACUGGAAAAGUAUUCCAAGUUGUUCUAGAGACCAACUACAUGUUCUAGAGACCAACUAAAUAGGUAGUUUAGCACUGCGUGAAUCUUUUUUAAAAAAUGGUUUGCUGUGAGUGAGAAUUGGGACAAUGGUGUUCAAGGAGGAGUUUCCUAACUUUUCCUUACCACACCAUAGUCCUGAGACAGUCCACAUAACAGUGUGUGUAUUUCUGUUAUGUGUCACCUUAAACUGUUAUCUAUCUCAAGCCAUUUUGAAGGAGUUGGAUAGAACCUGCAACAACGAAAUCAUAGCCUCAUGUGGAUAUUGUGUGUUUAAAUGGUCAAGCAAUACAUUAAUAAAGCAUUGCUUUCAUUAAACCAUUUCCUACAAAUUACAUCUCUUUGCUAUUACAGGCCUUUAACUUUGUAAACAUCAAGAGAUUGCAAUUUUGAUCCUUUUAAGGAGAUACAAAAAGCUUGUUUUUUGCAUUUGUUUGUAUGCCUUAUCUGUUUCAUUCUAUGUCACCCUGCUUUCAAAACGUGACCCACCUGUUUAAAGUUACAAUUCUUUGGAAAUUAAUCUUCACAGUUUUAUUAGCCAGACUUCAGAAACUUUCUUUAUUGUGAACAUCAUUAUUGGGCUAUAUCUUCUGUGCAAAAUAAAAGUGCUGCCUAGCAGCUUAAGUAUAAAUUAUACACAAAUCAUCUCCUGUAGCUUCUUCAUGCCACCAUGUUGUCAGCUGUGACCUACCCUAAAGGAUGAUCAGCUCUCUAAGCAUUAUAAGGCCAGCUAUAUAAAUUCAGCAGUAGCCAAGAAAGGAAGGGGACACUUUACUACAGUAACUUUUGAGAGGGCGCCUAGAGGUGGGAGGUGGCUAAUGAAGAGUGAAUGAAAUACAUGUGAGCUGAAAUUGCUAUGGCCUGAGUGGUAAUUUGAGUUUUUCAAAGCAUAUGUUGGAAUGUAACAGUGCCUUCCAAAUAAGUAUUAAAUUAUAUAAACCCAUUAGCAUCACUGACUUUUUUUUAGAUCUUUUGAAAUUACAACUAAAUGAUAUAUUUAAAAAAUGGCUCUAGGCGAUAACAAUCAUGAAUAAAGUACAUAAUAAAUUUAGUACAUAAUGCUCCCUCCCCAACAUUUUUAAUAGGCUUUGUAUAAUGGAAGUCGAGGUUAUAUGAUGUUUGGUUUGUUACUCAUUAGGGUAAAGCUUUUAAGAUGCUGAAUGCAAAACAAAAGAAAUCUACAUUAUGAGAGCAGUGAUGCUGUACUUCAUCAUCGGCUAGAGUUCUAGGUGUUAACAAAACCAUUUGGAGUGGGCUUUUCCUUCUGGGCUACCUUCAGCUUCAGAUACUUAUGAUUAAUGUAGGGCUUUAAACACACAGUCAUAAACUUCUCUGUAAGUUUAGGUGUGCAGGCUUCAGGCUUGCAGGUUCUACUUUGUGAGGUGUUUUUCCCCCCUAGAUCCCUGAGAUCCAAGAACCAAAGCCUGACAUGCAAAAGAUAAACACUUAGAAUUAAAGAAUUCUCAGUCCAACAGUUUGUUAUGAGCACCACACACAAAUCUAGUCAUGCAGACCCCAAGCUUUUGUUAUUUCAGCAGUGUAGUUUGGGAAGAGGGGAAUAAAUUUGUUCCUGCUAUUGUGAAAUAGUUGGGAGUCAGAAAUCUUUACUGAUCUAUUGUAAACCACUCAGAGAUCUAGCAGUAGAUCCAGGUUUACCUUCUGCCCACUUCUGCUGUAGUUUACCACAAUAUUAAUAAAUAGUAUCACACCAGUGUAAUUCUCUGCAGGUGUAAGCCUUGUUGGUUCAAUGAGACUUAUUACCAAGUACAUGUGUAUAGUGGACCAGAUCCCAAAGUAGUCAAUUUUCUGCAUGCCACUUUGAGAAUUGCGUCAUAUGUUGUAAGGUGCAGGAAAAGUGGAUAUGGCUGGGCCUUAUGACCCAAAGCCAGAAGCCAGACAGGCCGAUUAGGCACAAGUGCCAGAGGUUCCCAACCAAAGAUGUAUAAGAUUGCAGUUUGUAAAGUGGCUGGAUGUGUUCUAGACCUUUAACGUUACUUAUAAUAGCAAAUUGCUAUUAUAUAAUAAAAUGCCUAGUUGAAACAUCACUCCUGGCAAUGUGGCAGAUCAUCUCCUGCAUACAGAAUUGUGUACAAGUGGAUAUCAGUCUGCAAAACACUUGAGUUGUUUGCUUAGACCAGGUCUAGAUAUAUAUGUAGUGGAAUAAAAUAUGACAGGAAACUAGGAAGCUGCUUUAUGCCAAAUCAGACUGAUGAUCCGCUUAAUUCAGUAAUGUCCACACUGACUUAGAGCAGCUCUCAAAGCUCUCAGACAGGAAGUCUUCCCAAACCUUAAAUGGAGACUGAACCUAGGUACCUUUGGCAUGCAAGGCAGAUGUCCUGCUACUGAGCUAUGACUGUUCCCCAUUUCAGGUCAGCUUCAUCCACAUUUAGCAGUCCAGGACUGCAAACCAGUAGACAAAUGUGUGAUUAUCAGAUCUUGAUUCUAACACCCCAUUUAUUUAUUCUUUAUAAUAUUUAUAUGUUUAUUUUCUCUUGAAAGCCCCCCCCCGUGUGUGUAUAUACACACACACACACACGGAGUACCCAUAAAAUACCAGAGAAGCAAAACCAAAUGUAUAAGAGGGUGAGACUUGGUAGUUCCAAAGUAUAAAAGUAUCAAUGAAUUUGUGAAUGUAUAAAUCUAAAUGUGGUGUUUGCUAACUGCAGACACAUCACAUCUUCCAGAACUACAGUCACUUCUUUUUGCCUUCAGCGAAAACUUCCUCUCAAAAAUGAGUUAGAUGGGCAAGAGAGUAAUGUUAACCAAUUAUGAAAUGCCCACAAUAGACUUUUUAAAUAUAUGUCUUUGAAAAUUUUAUAGCCAAGGAACAAUUUACUUUCACUUGUGUCCCCACCCCCUUGUUUCCUGGUGGAUUAUGACAACUCGUCCUACUCUUAAAUAUUGCUAAGCAGCUGCUGCUCCUUCCCUAAACUGGGGGAUGUUAUUUGUUUUCCAAGUACAGUUUGAGUUCUGUAUUAGUUUUCCGCUUUCUACUUUGGAAAAAUAGCAGCUUUUAAAAUACAAAUGAGUCAUCUUGGUUUGAGCUGUUUUGUGUGUGAGCUGUUCUUCCCCCAUCAGUAGUUGAGGGAGUUGUUCCUUUCUUAAUCCAAUGGCCAGGAAUCCUUGUAGGAGUUUUUAAGCUGAGUGUGAUUGACAGAUUUAUGGAAGAAAACUUGGAUUAGUGUAAAGGUUUCUUCAAGUAAGACGAAUUGAUCACAUUUGACAACUUCUCUGUGUUUUUAUAACUUGCAAGCUGCAUGUAGAUAAUGUUGUGUGCGUUGCAUAUUUGUUCCUACAUGAGAGUUUUACCAGUUUCAAAUAAUAACCAGUGGAAAAGUCCUCCCCCAGCACACACCCACACACAUACGUAUAAAAUUUCAUUUUCUGAUAGUGGAAUCCUAUACAGAGUCCCCCUAAAUUCAGUGGGGCUAGCUGGCCUAAGUGUAUCCCAUGAAAGGAAGUUUGCAUUAUGUUUGGCAAGUCACUUGUUAUACAUAGUUGCCACCCUUUUGCAAUAAAAAUAAACCUGUACAUACUUGCAACAAUUUUUCACCACUUGUCCAGUUCAGCUAUUUUAGGAUAUUCUAGUACAGCCUGAGGAUUGCUGGUUUUGGAAGCGCUACGCUCAAGUUAAAAUUACCCAGGCAGCCUUAAGAACCUUUCCAUUCUCACGUUUUCCUGUUAUCUUGUAAGCUCUGUGUCCAGAAGGCAGAAGGUUUAUAUGUAGUACAAACUUGCUUAGGCCACAGUGUUGCUUAACUACAAAAGUGUAGAGUCUUGGUUUCUGCAGAUCUGGAGCUUGAGGCCUAAAUUUUGGGAUGGUGGCAGGCCUGAAACUUGAAAUGCAGACCUCCCUCAAUCACUUGUAAAGCAGGGAGUGUAGGUAAUAUAUAAUACAAAAAGAAGUAUUUGGGUGGAGUUGCUGAACGUCUAUGCCUGCUGCACAUUUCCCUAAAGUGCUUUUUCCAGUAAAUGGAGGUUCAAGGGUGCUAGGCAUUGGGGGAGAAAAAAAUGGCAGUCUUGGGUCAGGUUCCCUUUCCUUUCUGCCACUUUGGUGUCUUAAAACCUAGACACUUUUUUUACAGAUGCUUUGAGGGUCUAGUGUGCCUUCUUAUAUGUUUUCACAUUGUGAGAUUUGCACAUCUUCCAGCUCGCUGCUGUGUUUUCCUCUCCCCCCCAUACUUUUUUUAAAAAAUGUUGUUGCUCUGGAGCUCUGACCAGAAAGUGACCUAGUGUCCUUUACUCUGCAUCUUUCAUUCCUGCUCUUAAUUCUUGGUCAAUUCUUGGUUGGUAUCCUUGGGGAGGUUUUUGUUGUUGUUUCAUUGACAGAAUCAUUACUGCUCCAUUAACAUUGCUCUUCUCUUGACUUCUUCCUCUGCGGAAAAUGAUGGUGUUAGUAUGCAGCGUUGGUUUACAGGUUAACUGUUUGGAAAAUGCUUUGAACUGAUGUUUAUGUAUAUGAUUAUCUCCCAUAAAUGCUGUUAUGUUUUAGUCUUGAUGGUGGCAGAUGUUAGCUGUGUGUGCCACACUUAGCUAGCCAAAUUGCCUCUAGAAAGAAACAUUUGACUUGGGGUUACACAAGGGCAUCAUAAAGAUUCCUGUAACAUUCGCAGCUGUUGCAAGAGCUGUCCAUUACAAUAACUGCAAUCAAUUUAACGUGUAUACGUAGGAUGCCUUGUAGCAAGGUUAAAGGUGUUUUACACUAUUCUCUGAAAAAUGUGGAAUGGCAUUACCAGUGCAGGCAUGAAUUCUUCCUAAUACUGGAUACUUCAACUUUCUUUUUUCUUCAGUAAGUUUGCAGUUCAGAUAGGGGGUAAAAUGCAAGGAGCUGGCUGGUUGAAGGUUCAUUAGUAUUGCAGUAAUAAAAAUGAAGGACACUGCAGCAAGGAAGUGAAACUUGGCCCAAAAUAUAUUAGCUUUGUCAGCACUUUGGCAGGAAAAUAAAUUAUCUGAAGUUUAGAUAUCUUGUGUUUGAAACCAGCUUUAUUGUCAUCUUAAAGGAACAUCGAGUCUUUAAAUUCUUUUUUUUUUCUUUACUGAAUAUUUUAUUUUAUUUCAAGAUUCAAAGUUACACUUUGUCACUCAACAGUCAUAAUUCUAUUCUACAAUACUAAUGACUUCCCGCUCACCCAUCAUCAAUGUUUAUAAUCAUGAUUACAUACAAUUACAUACAAUUGCAUUUUAAAAUUCUGUCAUAUCCAGUUUCAUACUUUGUAACAGAUGUCUUGCUAUGUUCUCCUAUUUUUUUCUUAGGGUAUUUAAAUUUAAAUAAAAUAACCUGUGUAUCCCACUGUUUUCAGUAUUAGCUGAGUAUUGCAGUAUUAGUUUCUCCCACUUCUGUUUGCCUUUGUUGUAGGCUGUAUUGUCCCAAUGUGGAUAUAUGAUGCCUGGUUUAUUUUAAAGCACUUCUAUGCUGCUUAAUAUUUUAGAAAAUAUCUCAGUUUUUCAUUGAGGUUCUGCUCCUAAGUUCCUUAUAAAUCAUUUGACUUGUGAUGAUGCUUGCUUUAGUGGUGGUGGUGAUCAGACUUCCAUGUGCUCUUGUGUUUCUUGUUGUAGAGAGCAUUGAGACUAAUCUAGCUUACUUGCAAGGGUAUCAUGCAAAGUAUACACAUGCACAAAAAGUCUAUGGAGUGAGUAGGCAGAGGGGAGGGACAUUAAAAGUGACUCUACAAGUUUAACAUGCAUUUCUGCCCAUGCAUGACAUUGAGGUGGAGAAUCUUAAGAGAGGUACAGUUCUCAGUUAGAUACAAAUAAGCUGCUUUCUUUUGAGUCAAGCCUGUGAUCUACAUAGUCCAAUGUCAUCUACCCUUUCAGCAGCUCUCUAGGAUCUUUUCUGGCCUGUAAUCAUUUGACUAGUGACCUUGGACUCUGGACCUAGAAUUUUCUAUCCUCUCACUGAUCUGAUAUGCCCCAUCUGUAUACAUGGGUGCUGAUGGUGUUUGUAUCUUAAGCAAAGUGGGUCAAAUGUAGGCCACCGAUGCUUCAAAACAAGGCAAAUACUUGUGCUAAAAACUAGUGUGGACGCAGUUUUUAAAAGCACAGUAAAGCACAAUUAAUAUUGUAACCAAAGAAUAGAGGCAGCAAUAUCAUUGCAAUUUGCACAUUUAAUCAUUCAUGUUUAUGUCAUAACAACUAAACUGAAAUGGCUUAUUGUGGUAGCUAUAUUCAAAAUAAUUGGGACGCGGGUGGCGCUGUGAUCUAAACCACUGAGCCUCUUGGGCUUGCCAAUCGGAAGGUCAGCGGUUUGAAUCUGUGGCCGUGUGACAGGGUGAGCUCCCGUUGCUCUGGCCUAGCUUCUGCCAACCUAGCAGUUCGAAAGCAUGCCAGUGCAAGUAGAUAAAUAGGUACCGCUGCAGUAGGAAGGUAAAUGGCAUUUCAGUGUGCUCUGGCACUCGUCAUGGUGUCUCGCUGCACCAGAAGCGGUUUAGUCAUGCUGGCCACAUGACCCGGAAAGCUGUCUGUGGACAAACACUGGCUCCUUGGGUCUGAAGCGAGAUGAGUGCCGCACUCCACAGUCGUACUUGACUGGACUUAACCAUCCAGGGGUCCUGUACCCCUUUAUCUUUUUACCUAUUCAAAAUAGCUCUAGAUAGUACUCUAAGCCACACUGGGGGGAUAAGGCUAGUAAGUAAAUUUUCGUGAGGUGACAGUGUAAGCCAGAAUCAUUUUGUGUGUAUGCCCCUAGGAUAAAACAGCUAGUUUCCGUUACUGUUAUAAGAAAAUAUGCUGAAAUCCCAGGGACUUCUCUGGAUAUGCAGGCACUUUGCAUUAUGAGUUAUAUUUGCAAAGUAGUUUGCAAAUAUAAAAGCAGCAAUGAUUCAGCCAAACUAAAAACAGCAGCAAGAAGAUGAAAAGUUAGCCCUAAUGAAAAGCUUGUUUAAAAAGGGAUGUCCAAGUGGAAUACAAAUUAAGGAGCAAAAUAAACCUAACCUCUUUGGGCAUGGAAUUCCCCAUAUGGAACACCACAACAGAAAGACCUCUGUCAUGUCUUGUCACCAGUGUUCAAAACUCCCAUUGUUCUAGGUGCAUUUUGCAACAGGGAAUUUCAUUAGCGCAAGCAGUUUCUGAUCUCUGGGUGCAGUACUGUGCCUAAAAUUUCAGAUUAAAACUGCAGAGUAGAAGGAAAGAAUGACCUUUUCCUGCUUCCCCACUUAAAGCUACUCUCCGAAGACAUGAGAAAAGAGAUCCUCCUAAGAAUAUUGGUGUGGUGGGCAGAUGAAGGACUAGACCAUAUGAAAAAUGAGCAUAAAAUUUUAGCUGCAAUCCAUUUGCAGCUUUGUAUUCUUGUUAUAAAAAAGUGUACGUAGACAUUCCGUUGUUGUACCCAUAACCUAGGUUUAAGAUGCCAUUUAGCUCCUGGCUUUCAUAUCUCUGUUUCUAACAUUGUUUGUCACCAGCUUUGCUUUGGGGGAUGAUGGGACAUGCAAGAGGGAUGCAAUGGCUAACCUCAAAGGAUGGGCAAAUUCACAUAAGGAUAUGGACUAAGCAGGAGGAGAGUGUCUUACAUUCGAACCCUAGCUUUUAAUGCCCACAGUUGUGAUUCCUCUGAGGCACAUCAGUUUAUCAAAUUUACCAUCCCUCUUUUUUCUGGGUAGUGUGACUGUUAAGUUCUAAAGGAAAAUGGCAAUCUUCCAGUUCAGUGGUGCGUGGGAAGAACCUAGCAGCGUGGGGAUCAUGGUGUAAAUGUUUCCUGCUCAGAAAAAUGUCAAUAUGUAUUAACAUAAAAGAAAUUGUUUACGGUGUAGGAAUGAGGAUGCAUUCAUGUCAGCUAAUAAUACGCUGACUUCAUCUCCCAGGAGUUGUUAGCACAUUGUCAAAAGGACCCUGGGAUUGCUGGGACUCUCCUAGGCCUAGUUGGGCUAUCCUCCAUUAAACAUUUCAAGUUUCUUGCUAUGACUGCCCCUAGUUUAACAUCAUCUAUCUGUUUUUAUGAAUAUAGCAGUGGCGGGUGGACUGGAAAUGGCCAGCAAGCCAAAUCCUCAUCUACUCUGCCCUGCACAGGUCAGGCAGGGCCCACCUGUCAACCAUCAGAGCUUGCAUUGUACUGUGCACAGACCAUAACAAUACAGACCUGCCUUAGGGAGCUUGCAUAGCCAUUGCUGCCCAUAUUCCUCAGUUUCGCUUUCUGUGUUUGCUAGUUAUAGUUCUGUACUCUGAACACCUGCGUCACCCCCAUCCCCGAUUCUUACCCUCCUCUGAAACCUUAAGGUAAAGGUAAAGGGACCCCUGACCAUUAGGUCCAGUCUUGACCGACUCUGGGGUUGCGGCGCUUAUCUCGCUUUAUUGGCCAAGGGAGCUGGCGUACAGCUUCCGGGUCAUGUGGCCAGCAUGACCAAGCCACUUCUGGCGAACCAGAGCAGUGCAUGGAAACGCCGUUUACCUUCCUGCCACAGCAGUACCUAUUUAUCUACUUGCACUUUGACGUGCUUUCGAACUGCUAGGUUGGCAGGAGGCUCUGAAACCUUACUUGCCUACUAAUGCACUUCUUGCUUAUGUUCUCCAUGCCACUGCCUUGCAGCUCUCUUGCAAUGUUCUGUCCAGCUUUGAGUCUUCUGAUUCUUCUCACCCACCUAGGCUACCCAACUGGACAUGCUUCUGUCAACAUUCUCUUCCAUCUACAGCCCUCAGAGACGACCUGGUUCCUGUGCAUUUAGUGUGGAUGUUAAGAUGUUAAGAUUAUAUAUCUGUUCAUAAAAUGACUCUUUCAAUCAUGGAAAUGGACUCCCAUUUUAGGUCAGUCAAGGUGGUUAAGUGUAUUGUAGGUGCUUUAUAACUUGGGCCUGCUUUGUUAAGACAACAUCUAAAAUGAGUUUUUUGUAAACCAUAAGCAAACCGCUAGAAUUAGCAAUGUUAUGACGUUUAGUCUGAUCCUUUUACAAAGUGGGUGGGAACUCCAUGGAGACUGCAGUGACUAGUAGGUUCUUUAAUGUGAAGAAAUAUGAAUCACUAACGGCUAUUCCAGAUCUCUGGGCUGCUCCAAAUAUCAAACAUUUUUUUGACUUUUUUGCAGUUUUUACAAUGCAAGUCUUAUUUAUUGAAAGCUCGGUUUUGAAUGUUAUUAAAAAUGCACUACUUUAAAAGAUGCACCAUGAAAGUAAAACCUAAAGCUAGAAUUGCACUUUGUUGUUAUAUUUAUUUAGGGCUGGGUCAUGCAUUUCAAAUUGAUCUGCUAUUUUAUAUAUAUGUAUAUAUAAAAUCCCACCUCUCUGUUAUGUUAGAUAAAGUAUGUUAAUAAUUUUUUUUUAGUGAAAUAAAGCUAACAUUCUGCUGGAUAAUACAGUAUUCAUAGCAUGAUUUCUUCAGGGGCAGCACUGGAGAAAGUAGCUGAGCUGCUGUGAGAGAGUAAGGUGAGAGCACUCCCCUUCUCCCCACCACUAGCUGAAGUGUAUUCCACCUUAAGCCAGAAAUAUCCAGCAGCUUGUGACAGCUGAACUGAAAUACUGACUCACCAGCUCUCUAAUUACAGUUGCCCACAUGCUGCAGCAGGGCACUUGGCUCAACCUUCCCUCAGGAUGCUUCUUGGAGUAGGAGAUAAAAGUCCAGUUUGUGCUGGGUGGACAGUUGGUGGGCAGCAACCUCCCUGAUAAGAGACAAGGGCUAUUUUUGGAACCCUAAGUGAGAGGCAGAAGGGGGGGGGGGUCACCCCAGGAUGGUAGACUAAAGUCAAGGAUGCUCCCAGAUGAUGGGUGGCAGAAUCUGCCGUUUUAUUGAGGUGGGAAACUACUGGAUUAUCAUCAGCCUAGUUCAUAUGGUUACACACCUGCACUUUAAUGUGGCUGCUGUGCUGUAUCAUUGCACCUAAAAACUGCUGCUGCACUGCAAAAGUGCUGGAUGAUUGUUGCAUAUUGCACAUUGGCACUUUAAUUGCCACUGUACAGUACUGUAAAACUGCUGGAGGAUUACUAUAGUUCAUGCUGUGCACAAUUGCAAUUGAAAAUUGCUGUUGCACUUUACAUACGAUGUUGCAAAAAGAAACCCUACCUUAGGUUUUGUAAGAAGUGCCUUUUGAAAUGGCAUACCUGCACUUUAAUACAGUGAGACCUCUGGUUACGUACUUAAUUCGUUCCAGAGGUCCGUUCUUAGCCUGAAACUGUUCUUAACCUGAAGCGCCACUUUAGAUAAUGGGGUCUCCCGCUACUACUGUGCCGCCGCCGCGCAAUUUCUGUUCUCAUCCUGAAGCAAAGUUCUUAACCUGAGGUAAUAUUUCUGGGUUAGUGGAGUCUGUAACCUGAAGCGUAUGUAACCUGAAGCGUAUGUAACCCGAGGUACCACUGUACUGAUUAUCGCUGCUGUUGUGCUAGCUGCUGUAAUUUUAACUGGUUAAAAAAAUGGUGGCAGAAGAGAGAUUUUCUGUAACUUUGUAAGUUACUUUGAAAUUUUGUUUUAUGUUACAUUAACUACUAUGCAGAGAAACAUUUUUACAACUUCAUUCCCUUAGUGUCUUCUGAACAGAGAUGUGUUUGGGUUGUAGAGCUGCGGGAGGAGGAAAAAGUGUGAUGUCAUUAAAGGGCUGUUACCCUUCUCAGAACCAGCGUAGUCAUGCUGGUCCACCUAACUUGAUGGUCUACCCUCUCACCUUGGUGAUGCUGUUGCUAAAUGUCAGGUCGGUGGAGAAGUCUUCCCCUUUUGGGAUUUUUAGCUUUCUGGACUCAGUGCGUAUCCCCAGCACUAAAUUACUCUUGGGGUCUGGUAUCAGCACCCACAAUGGAGGAGUCUGCUGCAACCUGUCUUUGACAUAGAGUGACACGGCCUCUGGUAUUUCUUACUGUAUGCUUCCUAUUGAGUUUAUAUCCAGGGAUAACCGUGUCCCACGGGUUCUCUCCAUUCCAUUUGGAAUAUGAAUUAAAGAGAACUUUUCUUUAAAUGUGUAUAUAAAAAGUUCUAAAAUAAUGAAGCUUCAUAAGCCGUUGGUAAAAUCCUUGUGUUCUUUUAAUAUGGUGUAAGAUUUAUGGAUGCAUCACAUUUGGGUUGUCUUGAUAGCAUAGGGCAUUUUCAUGCCACAUACAGUCAUACCUCGGGUUACAGCUGCUUCAGGUUAGGUUUUUGGGUUACAGACUGCCGAAACCCGGAAGUACCAGAACAGGUUACUUCUGGGUUUUGGUGGUCGCGCAUGUGCAGAAGCACUAAAUCGCGCUUUGCGCAUUCGCAGAAGUGCCGAAUCGCAACCUGCGGGUUCAAACGCUUCGGGUUGCGAACGUGCAUCCUGCAUGGAUCACGUUCACAACCCAAGCAUCCACUGUAGUUCCCUUUUAGUGGUGUACAAAAUAUUUCAAAGUUCCCUCUGUCAUGAUGAACAAGCAGCUGUGGAUGGUGUAAAGCAGCAUCGCUGUAUUAAUAAGAUGCAAGCCUGGGGGCAGGAGAGUACUAGCCUGUGUUUGUAUGCUGGUUGGAGAGGAGAGCUUUUCUUCCACAGUAGCUAAAAACCAUGCGGGCUGGCGGAGGAGGGACAGAGUGAUCCAUCUGUCUUCUAAUGGGCUGCUUACUCAAUCUGCAUGGAAUUCAAUUCACUCACUUGCGUGUUUCUGAAUGCCAGUUGCUGGAAACUGCAGGAGGGGAGAGUACUCUUGUGCCGAGGUCCUGCUUUCAGUUUCCCCAUGACAUCUGGUCCAUCCUGGGCUAGAUGGGCCAUUGGUCUGAUUUGGCAGACUCUUUUUAUCUUCUUACAGUCUUAAGCUUCUGGUCACCUGUGACCACCGGGAGAGAUGUAGGCAAAAUCAUGAUGGACAAGGGUGCUUUCGCUUUCUAACUUGGAAUUUUUCCUCGUCAUGUGGCUCCUUAUCUGUGUUUUAAAACUGGAAAUGUGUAGAAUUUGAUGCCUCUUUCUGACCUCCACACUGAGUACCCACAGGACACACAUUUGGCCACACAAAUGUGAAAGAAUUGCUGACAGUUUUCUUCCUGGAGGCACAUAAUUCCAUUAGGAAGUUGUGAUAACUGUAGCCUUCCCCACCUUCCUGUUGAAGUCAAUACUUAACUUGGUAGGUGUUUGCAGAUAAUCUCCCCCCCCACACACACCUCCCGCAUGUGCUGGUAUGAGCAAGAGUGGUGGUAUUUUGAUUUUUUUAAAAAAUGCUGGUAGCUUUAAUGAAGCAAGGCUUCAAUCUGCAGGAUUAAAUUUGAGGCCCAACUUCCUGUGCAAGGGAAGCUUGAGUGUGUAUGAACAGCAAAGGCAGCCAAAAGGAAAAAAGGGUAAUUGGACAAACAUAGAAGGUUCAGUUUACUCUGGCAUUGGCCAGCUACUGCUUGGUGGACUUCCUGCCUUGGGAGGAGGCUGACAUUCUGGGCACUUUAUGUCUGUGAAGCUGCUGUUUGACCAAGCCCAAUUAGUAAGCAUGUCAGGCAGCUUGUUUUUUCAAAGCAAUCUGCUUUUACCUCUCAUAAAAGAAAGAAAAGAGAACAUGGGUAGGCGUUUCACAUAUCAGUGUUGGGGGAAAAAGUAUGGAGAUGCUCAUAUUGAGUGUAUAAAACAAAUACUGUUGAUGGGAGAACUCUGUGUAUUUUGGGAGAGUGGCGUGAGGAUUAUAGCCCUUAUUUUGAAUUGAAUUUGUUUUCUGCAUUAAAGCAGCAAUUAAACACAUGAUUUGAGUUCUUUAGAAAGAUAAUUAGGAGUUCCUAUUAAACCUUUGUGCCUGCUUUUUCACACAGAUAGUUCAUAUUUUGUCAUGUACAAAAUCUUCCAUUCCCUUUAGGUAGGUAUUCCACAGCAUUCCAUUUCAGAUUCAGGUCAGUGACUCCUGUUCUUAGCAGAUGCAGCUUCUACUUCUGCUACAACCAUCUUUUCCCACCUUUGUAUUUUAAUAUCCCCUUUCUUGCCAACAAGCAGGAUCAGAAGAUCAAAGAAUCCUGCAGCCUUGCAGCUGUCCUUCAACCUAGACUUCAGUUCAGAUGGUAGGCAAAGGUUUGCUGUUCAGUCAUCUAGUUCUUACAUGCUGCAGUCCCUUCCACUAGCUUGUUUUUGAGGCAGCAUCCUUUUAGAAGACAUUUCUUAAGACUUCUCAAGAUGCUUCAAAAGGCUUUUGGUGUUUUAAGGGGAAAUGCCACAAAACACCUGACCCCUGAAAUUACACUCUUGUGGCAUUGCCCUUCUGUAUUCCAUGCCCUGGCUUGGUAGUGCCACCUUUCAUGACUAAAAAAACCAACAACAACCACCUGACAGUUCAUCAUAGAUCUUCUACCCGUCAUCUGGUUCAUUUGGGAUGGAAGGUUACUUAUUGUGAGUCUAAGAAUGGCUUGCAUUUCUUUAUCCCUAUUUGCUGAACAGGCAAGGGAAGCUGACUUUGCAAGAGGCAAAAAGGGGUUUACCAUCAUAGCAGGAACCUGCCACGGGAAACUGUAAGCAAGUUUCGUCCGCAAAAUUAAUUCACCCUUCAGUCAAGUCCAAUGAACAGAGUGAGAAGUUUUGGCUGCACGAUUCUUGUACCCUUCACCAUUCACUGCCUGCAAUGGAUCAGCUGAAAGCAUACCCUCUUCCUUGAGAUGAGGGUUCAAGAAGGACACUGACAAACUGGAACGUGUCCAGAGGAGGGCAACCAAAAUGGUCAAAGGCCUGGAAACGAUGCCUUAUGAGGAACGGCUAAGGGAGUUGGGCAUGUUUAGCCUGGAGAAGAGGAGGUUAAGGGGUGAUAUGAUAGCCAUGUUCAAAUAUAUAAAAGGAUGUCACAUAGAGGAGGGAGAAAGGUUGUUUUCUGCUGCUCCAGAGAAGCGGACACGGAGCAAUGGAUCCAAACUACAAGAAAGAAGAUUCCACCUAAACAUUAGGAAGAACUUCCUGACAGUAAGAGCUGUUCGACAGUGGAAUUUGCUGCCAAGGAGUGUGGUGGAGUCUUCUUCUUUGGAAGUCUUUAAGCAGAGGCUUGACAACCAUAUGUCAGGAGUGCUCUGAUGGUGUUUCCUGCUUGGCAGGGGGUUGGACUCGAUGGCCCUUGUGGUCUCUUCCAACUCUAUGAUUCUAUGAGAUUGCUUCAAUUUCUGCUCCAGAGUGGCCCCUACAGUGGAACACAAAUGUACAACCUUCACAUCAAUAUUUUUAGGACAAGACCUUAGGAACGUGGGCAGGUAGUAUCUUGUCUGCAUGGUGCCUUUGGCAGGGACGAAACUAGGCUCAUUUUCACCUGGGUCAUAGACCCAGUUUGGCGCACCCACCCACAUUUGCACACACACAGAGGCUGGAAGCCUCAAUGGCACCCCUCUGGAGGCUUCACCUGGGGCAAAAAAAGCUGGCUAUCCCUCCUGUAGCUACAGCUCUGCCUUUGGGGCAGUUUUAUCAAGGCUGUGUAGCUCAUCCAUGCUUUAACAUAUUGAGGCUUCUAUAGCCCUAUUGGAGUUGUGAACAAACCUUUACAACCUAUUUUGCAUCCACGGAAGGGUAUGUGUCAUUCUGCCAAGGAAAGGUAUAAGUUGCCAACCCCUGCUUUGAAAAGGCACAAAGAAUUUAGGUAUUCAAAUAUCAUGCAGCCUAUCUUUAAGCCUUAUACAGAAAUACAUAUAGUAGACUUCAUUUGUAUGACUUGCAAGACGUCUUUAUUUUCAUUGUGGUCAGAAACACUUUGCUGUUAUCAUUAGCAAUCUUUUAGGUAGAGAGUAGUUUCAAAAUUCAGGAGUGUUCUGCAGCACACAAGUUAUUUCUAGCUUGCACAGUAAUAGGAAUUGAGUGCUUUGGAAGAAAAGAAGAUACCAAAAGCAGUGAAGUUUAAACUGAAUCUCUGGUGAGAGGCCACACCUUGUCGAUUCCCAAAUGCUGCAAACAAGCACUGUGUGAUGUCUAUCUCAUUCCUCCUGUGCUUGAGAGCUAACUAGGGGGCAUCUGUUUGACCACAGUUUGACAUGCUGCUGCUUGAGAUGGAUCUUCAGUCUGAUCCAGGACAGUUACUGUACUGCUGUUAUAUCUACUGUCUUGAAAUACAGUACACUUCAACAAAAUCUGGUGUAGUGUGGUUUUGCAGUUCUUAGACCAAAGCAUACACAGUUCCAGCAUUAUUUGCCACUUGGUGAAUAAGCAAUUGGAAUUUCAGUGUAUUGUCUUAACUGAUACAGUGGUGCCCCACAAGACGAAUGCCUCGCAAGGCGAAAAACUCGCUAGACGAAAGGGUUUUGCGUUUUUUGAGUCGUUCCGCAAGACGAAUUUCCCUAUGGGCUUGCUUCGCAAGACGAAAUGUCUUGCGAGUUCUUGCGAGUUUGUUUCCUUUUUCUUAAAGCCGCUAAGCCGUUAAUAGCCGCUAAUAGCCGCUAAGCCGCUAAUAGCCGUGCUUCGCAAGAUGAAAAAAACGCAAGACGAAGAGACUCGCGGAAUGGAUUAAUUUCGUCUUGCGAGGCACCACUGUACAAAUCUGUUUGCAGGCUGAUUCGCAUCAGGUUUUAAAGUGCUGUAGAAACUAAUACAAUGUAUAUUGCUCAGAGAGGAAAACCUUUAUGUGAGCAGACCUCCCGCUGUAGCGCAGCCAUUUUCUGGCUGUCCCAAAGUUAAAAAAGAAAGAAAGUAUAAAGCUGUUGUCAGAAAACUUCUAGUUAGUUUUAAGGGCCAAUUACAUAUUCAGCAGAAGCCGUUGGUAAGGCUUUUCCUGAGCUCAACCACUACAGACCACUGGUGGGGAUGGCAACUUUCAUAUGGUUGUGUUGUACAUCCCUUCCCACAGUAAAAUAUCAAAGGAGACGAGGCUGAAACUUUUCAUUAAUGUGCCUACUUAGAGAGUGUUCUUAAUAUGGGUGAGUAUCAAAAGACUUCUUGGGUUGUAUCCAGUCUGGCAGAGGAAUUCCCUAUCCUAUCUGUCCCAGUACAGGCCCCCGCUCCCUCCAAAAGACCUCUCCAGUGCAUCGGGGCUCCCAGGAAAGGCAUGGGAUAGUGGGCCACAGUGAGCAUGGGAGCACUGCAUUGGAUGCAAUCCUUGACAACUGCUGAAUGUAUAAACUGAUCUUCAAAUGCCUUUCAUGAAGACUGUUAUACAAAUGACACUGGAAUCCCUCUUUGGCUUAUCCUUACAAGAUGAUAAUGUCUGAUGGAGCACUAUGUUUUGCUCAGCCUUCUAUUUGCUACAUGAAAUAAAAUCCUGAGUAAUCACGUUCUGUUCAUAUAUCUCAUUGCUUAGUUUGCAUGUCACCCAGUAACAAAAGGCUGCCAUACACUGACAAAUAAACAUAGAGCCCCUUCUCUCUCCAGCAACUUGGUAAGAAGACUGUACUUUUACCAGGUUUUAUCUGUUCCUGAUUGUGCCCUUUAGUUUCGGCCAUAAUACAGUGGUACCUCGAGUUACAAACAUUUCAGGUUACAGACGCUUCAGUUACAAACUCUGCUAACCUGGAAGAGUUAAUCUCGAGCUGAAAACUUCGCCCCAGGAUGAGAACAGAAAUCGUGUGCUGGCGCUGCAACAGCAGCAAGAGGCCCCAUUAGUGAAAGCACACCUCAAGUUAAGAACAGUUUCAGGUUAAGAAUGGGCCUCCGGAACAAAUUAAGUUCGUAACUAGAGGUACCGCUGUACAAACACUAUCUCGCAGUCCUUAUUCCAGCCCUUGUGUUUAUGCUUUCUUCUAUCUUAGUUAUAUUGGACUAGUUUCUGGUGUAUGUGUAUCUGGUCUGAUUUAGCUGACCAGGCAGUUAUUGAACUGAUUCUGCAAAAUUGUAGACCAUGACAAGUAAUGGGCUCAAAUAACAGCUUGGACAAAUCAGCACUUUUAUUUUGCUAUGGUCUGAUCAUUAGAUACCAACCUCCAGUUCUUAUUCUGCAAAGGGGAUUAAUAAGCAUCUAUCUCACUGUGGUUGUUGGGGAGAGCAAGAUUAUUGUAAUAAUAAAUCCUUGUCUGGGGUUGCUGUUACUUGAAGAUGAAUGCCUCUUGUUUUUCAGUGGCCUUCAUUCACAAAUCUUGCAAGCUUUCCCCAGAAACUAGGCUUGCAUUAUUUAGAUCCCUUGUGACUAAACCAAGAAAUUGCAGGGUAGGUGAGCUUUCAUAUAUGUUCCCAAACAUGUUAACAUGCUUGGAUCAUGACAGGAGAGAAAUCUUCCACAUUCCCAGAAGUCUAUCAGAUAUCUAGGUGAAAAUAAAAUUAUCAGCCUUUGUUUAGAUAAUAGUGUAAAUGAGUGAAAGGCAUCUCGCUGUGUAAAUGACGACAAUAUUCCCCCCCCCCCGCGCAUUUAUGCAAUUGGCUAUUGGCAUUGCUUUUCAUUAAUUUAUGAAAAGCAGUUAAUUAUAUAAGCACAGCCUCAUUAUUUGGUACUCAAUCAGGAAAGUUUCAGGCAUGCUGGGAGCAAAUAAGCCUCCUCAUUGCAAUUCCCUCCAUUAGCUGGCUUUGUAAAGACUUCAGAAGAGUUCGUUAGGGCUCAAUUAGGAGUCAAGCAGCCUCAAGGAUUGCAGGUGGCAAGCUGGUUCAGGCAUAAAUUGCAUGGUUUCCAGAAGGCUUUUCUGUAACAGUUUCCCAAAGCUCUGGCAGGGGAAAACAGCACAGGCUGUGGCUGGGUAACAGCUGACCUAAAUUUUAGGAGGUCACUUUGGAUUACUUGGGGCUUAAACUGUGUGCUUUGCUUAUUAAAUUAAAUUUCAUUACAAUCACACUAUCAUUUUACUUAGUAGUGGUACGCAGUGGAGUCUUGGCCACUAGGGCUGCUGUUUUAGUAUUUUAACCUUUGUAUGUUUUAUAGCAGGCAUAGGCAAACUCCAGCCUUCCAGAUGUUUGGGACUACAGUUCCCAUCAUUCCUGACCAUUGGUCGUGUUAGGGAUGAUGGGAAUUGUAGUCCCAAACAUCUGGAGGGCUGGAGUUUGCCUAUGCCUGUUUUAUAGUGUGGGUGCCAAUUUUUCUUAAUUUUCUUGCUUUAUCUUUUUGUAAACAAACUGAGGGGUGUUUUUUUACGAUCAAGCGGUGUAUAAAUUUAUUUUAUUUCCCUAAUCACGGUUCCUCUCUAAUGGGAGGCUGAGGUUUGUGAGGAGGAGUUGGUGGUGCUAAUAGUUCAACCCAUUAAGCUGCAUCACACUUCGAGUAGAAUAUUGCCUGCACAUUUUCCUUCUUGGUACGCCAACUUGAAAGAACAUCAUUGUCUUUACACCUUCUAAAAACACAAGCACACCAGAGGAUCUGGAGACUUAAAUAUCCUCUUUGUCAUGAAGUGCUAUCUGUCUGUAAAAUUACAGUGCUUAAGCAUCCACAGUAGUUUGGUAAGGGAUGAAGGAGAAAGAAUCAGAACAUUUUGACCACAUCCUUCUGAUCUGUUGUCAGUCCCACCAGAUCCAAUGGGCACCAUCCACCAUUGGUGGUAUGUUUCUGCACUGGGACCAAUAUUCCAAGUGUAGGAAGCUCUCUUGGACACUACGUCGUGGAAGGAUGGGUAACAAUAUUUUAAAUUAUUAAGAUGUUGUUUCAAACUUGACAAUGGAAACAUUUUAUUUGCUAGCUACAGUGGUGCCCCGCAAGAAGAAUGCCUCGCAAGACGAAAAACUCACUAGACGAAAGGGUUUUGCGUUUUUUGAGUCGUUCCGCAAGGCGAAUUUCCCUAUGGGCUUGCUUCGCAAGACGAAACAUCUUGUGAGUUCUUGCGAGUUUGUUUCCUUUUUCUUAAAGCCGCUAAGCCGUUAAUAGCCGCUAAGCCGCUAAUAGCCGUGCUUCGCAAGAUGAAAAAACCGCAAGACGAAGAGACUCGCGGAACGGAUUAAUUUCGUCUUGCGAGGCACCACUGUACUAAUAUUGUAUAUCAUCAGCUGAUUCCAGCUGACCUGGACCAUCAAUCAAUCAAUCAAUCAGUCCCAUUGUAAAAUAAGAACCCAAUGUAGCUUAAAAAAACAACCCCAAAUAUAAAAAUUUAGCAUUGAAAAUAAAAUUAAAAAGUUUAUUACAACAUUGGUAGCAUAAAUGAAAGAUAACAUAGGAGCCAAUGCCAAAACUGAAAAAGGGAAAUAUGUUUUUAUUAGGUUGUUCUUCAGGCUGUAUUUUUACAAAAGUAAAUUUAAAAAACCGGGCUAGAACCUUGGAUCAGUUAUCAGCUUUUCCAUUUACAUGUGGGAGAACAUAUUCUAUGGAAAACAUAUUUAGCUCUUCAGACACACCCAUAAUCUUGCAGCCUAAAAAGUUUAAAACAAACAGAGUUUUAUAAACUUCCAGCAUGCCUCCUGGUGGUGAGUUGGUGCUUGAAAGCUCCUUUGCAGAAUGCUGUCAGAAACUUCGCAGCCAAGUAGGGUUCCCACAAGGUCCAUUCCUGAGGUUGGCUAGUCUAUUCUGUCAGCAGCUAUUAACCCUGCACACUUACCAUGGCCUGGUAGCCAAACUGCGGUAAGUGUCUAUGUUUGCUUCCCUGUGACUAGCCAUUUUCUCCAAAAUUGCAAUUUUCGCUGUAAUAAUAAUAAUAAUAGGCUAGGAAAACCCCUGCCCCUGAAUUUCCCAUUCCUUUGCUUAAACACAUUGGCAGUUUUCUUAACCAGUGUGCAUGAGUUACCCAUGUGGCAAAUUGUUUUUUCACUUCUCACCUUACCUAUCCAACACCACUGUGAAUCAUUUGAAUCCGGGCCCUUGUAUGUUUGUGCCUGCUGUCUGGUUGAUUUCAAUUUCAUUCCCUUUUUAUCUACUUUCUUGAGCAUGUGCUCAGGUGUUAAUAAACCUGCAGUUCCUCACUCCUUGUUUUGCUUUGGUGUAAAACUGGACUCCACCAUCUGACUCUAAUCCUGGCAACCCUUUGUGGGAUGUUGGUGGUUCUUUUUUGCUUUCACUCCCCUUACUAAGCCAAUGGGAUUGGAGUGGACUUUCUUCUUCUUGCAUAGUCAUUUCUCUAUUCUAGCCUUCACCAGCUUGUUGCCCUAGUGAUACUUUGGACUACAGCCCCCAUCAAUCCCAGCCAACAUGGCUGCGUUGACUGGGGUUGAUGGGAGGUGUAGUCCAAAACAACCAGAGGGCAACAGGUUAGUACUAUUUCUUUGCCUCAAGCAUGUUCUUCUCUUGCUUUUGAGCCUUUUAUUGUCCUUCAAGUUCUCUUUUUUUCCUGUUAUCCUCUGGGUUCCAAAUCUAAUUAUUUACCCUUCUUGCUUUCUGAGCCUUCUUCUCUAGUUUUUAUACUAGGUGAUGUUUGGUAAUGCUGACAUAAAAUAUUUUCUUGCUCUUCUUGAUUCCUUUGAACUUUCUACCAUGUAUACUGAUUCUGGUAGUCAUGCUUUAGAUAGAGGAGAAACUUUUGCUUUUUCAUCUCUUAGUUCCUGUUGAUUUUUCCUUCCUAUUACCUAAUCAUCAUCUCUAUUACCAGACGUUGGUUUGCCUAAUUGUUCUUAAUCCUUUCAACAAUUUGACAUGCGUGUGAUCCCACUUCUAUUCCCUCUCGUUUAACCUUUACUUUCUCCUGUGUUUGCCUCACUUUAUCUAAUGAAAAUGUAAAGACACUUCAUUUUGCUUUCCCCAUUAAAAUUGAUUUUCCACAUUUUUAUUUAUUUUUGUUGACCUUUGUCCAUCUCAACCUUUGCUUGCAUUGUAAUUGAAAUUUUCACUCAUGUGCUUGACCCACUAAACAUCUUUUGGCACAUUACCCAUUUAUGCUUACCUCUUCUUCAUGUGCUCUUGCUCUGCUAAGCACGACUUUUUCUUGAUUAUUAUUACGUUCUUCCCCGCGCCCGGUCAUUUUUUUACACUAUCAUUCUCCUUCUCUUCCUCCAACUUGUUCUCAGGGAGGUUUUUCGUUCAGGUAUUUUUUGGAGUGUAUGUGUCAAUUUUUAUUCCAAAAAAAGCUGGCUGGUUUGUUUGUUUGUUUGUUUGUAUUUUUAGUUUCCAGUCCUCUUUGUUCUCCAUGUCAUCAUCUUUUGUACUCAAUGAAAUCUUCUUUAUCAUUUUUUCCCCAUUUUCUUUGCUUCCCUCUUUCUUAGAAAUUCGUCACUGUUCUCUUGUCAUGAAGAGCUAUUACUUGUCCCCUUGAUCCCAUUUCCUUCUUUGUCUUAAACAGAUUUCUUUGCUUCCUUUGUAUUCUCAGUCUUUAUUAAGCUACUGUGUGUUUGCCAUCCUACUUAACAUCUGCUUUAGUUUCUCCUAUUUAAAAUAGCAACAAAACCUUCCUGUGACCGUUCAUUGUUGGCUAACUACCAUUCUGUUUCCCUCCUUUACUUGAUUUCUAAACUGCUUGAAUGUUUUGUGGACCUGUUGGUGUUCCAUUUUUUUACGACACACACUUUGAUCCCUAAAAAGCUCUUUCCAGCCCUAUCAUUCAACAUAAACUUCUAACUCAUUUCCUUUUUCUGUUCAAACAUCAGCUUCAGUUCUCUGUUCUUAUUUUAUCUUCCACUUCUGAUAAUAUAUUCUUCUUUUGCUGAUCCUUCAUCUUGUCUCUGCUAUUUCAUCGUAAUUGUUUUCUCUCCCACUUCAGUCUUUUUCAAAUAAUGUCUUAUCUACUUGAUUCUUUUUACCAUGUUCCUUCUCUUUAUCUGUCCCUGAUACCACUUCCCUGGUUUUCAAGCUUUCAUCCUUCUCCCUCUUUAGAUUUUGUCAAAAGCUGUCAUUUUCUAUUGUUAAAUAUGGCUAAAGCUCAUUCUCGUUUGUUUUUUGUCUUGUUUUCACAUUGCUAUAAUGCACAUUUAGCCACUCAUCCUUACUUUGUUUUCAAUUCCUGUCUUUUCUCUUACAUCAGGAUUAUAUGUUUCUGUUACUGAUUUCUCUGCAUAUAUUACCUUGUUCACAUUUAUUUUCACAUGAUUGACUUUUAAAUAUAUCCACUCUCUUGCAUCUUCUUCUCUGAUAAUCAAUAGAUUACCUCCCACUGUUCAAAAGAUCUCAAGAAGCAUCAUUUUAACAAUAUAUGGUUCUAAAUUUGGAAUUUCCCUUCUCCUUCUGAAGCAUAAUUAUUCUGCAUUUCAUUUUUUUGCUGUCUUUUUAAACCUGUUUGGAGAGGGCCUCCUUUCCUAUGUCUUCUGUAUAGUCCCUAGUUGUUAAGAUCCAUAAUAAACAUGACAUUAUAGCUAGGCGUUUAUCAUUGUGGUUUUGAAUAAUUACUGUUGCUCUGGAGAGAUUUGACCCUCUUGAUUAUUUCCCCUUUCAGCUUCCUUUUGAGCAGUCCCCUCAAUUAUGAGAGGUUUCCUCAUUGGAAUUCAAAUCCACGUUGGACUUAUUCGAAGUUGUUCAAUUACAUAUAUGUGGAUUUAGACAGCAUUGUCUCUAGACACAUCUCACAUUAGGUCCUGGGUACCAUUUACAAUUAAGUCCAUGGUCUUUUCCCUCCCACCCAAACCCAGUUGGUUCCCUGACCAAAGGUGGGAGGUAGAAUAAUGGGAUGGUAUGUACAGUAAUGGACGCGGGUGGCGCUGUAGGUUAAGCCACAGAGCCUAGGACUUGCUGAUCAGAAGGUCGGCGGUUCGAAUCCCUGCGACGGGGUGAGCUCCCGUUGCUUGGUCCCUGCUCCUGCCAACCUAGCAGUUCGAAAGCAUGUGAAAGUGCAAGUAGAUAAAUAGGUACUGCUCUGGCGGGAAGGUAAACGGCGUUUCCAUGCGCUGCUCUGGUUUGCCAGAAGCGGCUUAGUCAUGCUGGCCACAUGACCUGGAAGCUGUACGCCAGCUCCCUCGGCUAAUAAUGCGAGAUGAGCGCCACAACCCCAGAGUCGGCCACGACUGGACCUAAUGGUCAGGGAUCCCUUUACCUUUACUAUGUACAGUAAAUGCAUUGUAAUCGUAAGAAUAAAUCGGGGGGGGGGGGUGUAUAAAACUUUCCCCCAAAAAAGUCAUAAAUCUCCAACCCCCUUCUCCAUGGAGCAGAAAAUUAUGGAAAUACAUUUCACCAUAGUUGCAGGUGUGUGCCUGGUAGGUGCCAAACAAUGGGGUUUUCAAUCAAGAAUGUUAUGAAAGGAUAAUAAGUUUCCAAAAGGUCGUCCAAUCUCAUUUGUUGACCAAUUCCCUCGGUUGUUCUGAUAAUGCUAUCUUCCAUACUUUUUGUCGCCACAUAGAAAUUUGUAAGGCCUUGUCCACACUUUCGCUUGCCCCAUGCCUAGGAAGCAUGGGCCCAAGUGGUUUGCCCCACACUUUCCAGUGGUUUUGCCUUCCCUCCCACCACUUCCCCCCAGAAAACCUGCUCUUUAGCGCUAAAUCGGACAGAACAGCAAUCCGUGGAAAAUCCAAUCACUGUUUGUUCCAAUUCAGUGCUAAACUAUGGGUUUUCCCAAGGGAAAGUGGUGGGACAAACAGAGGUGUGGAUGAGCCCUGAGUGUUUCAGUCAUUUCCAGUUUGGGGCUGUAAGCCGCCCUAAUGCUACUAGAAGAAAAAUAAUAGGUCCCUUGUAUUGAAGAUCCAUUUGUUCUUUCUGGACAAUUGUUCAGAAAACUAGCCUUGGCACAUGAAUAUUUUGUCUUGUGAUGAGGUGUAUUUCCUCAAAGACCUUUUGCUGGAAAGGUUCUACUUUGGUACACCACAUCUGGUACCAAUGUCAUUACAUCUCUUCUAGCAAAGGAAGAAGGAUGACUUGCUAAUACAAUUGCACUUUAGCAGGGUUAAGUGCCACCUAUGCAAUAAUUUUAAAAUAUUUUCGUAAUACAUGUCGAUGUGUAUUAGGGCCUAGGUUAUGCCAGUCCUCUUCAGUCUGAGCCUCUAGGUCUAACUCCCAAAGAUGUUUCAUAGAAUUAAGUUGGCCUACUUGUAAAUCACUGAUUAUCUUAUAGAUUAUUGAUAACAUUUUUGAUAGUGUACAUUGGUGUACAAAAUUAGAUUUUCAGUUGGUAUUAGAGACCUGGAGGCAUGCAAGACAACAGAUGGGUUGGAUAUAAAAUAAAAUAUUCUUGUCCAGGCAUGUGUGGGGUAAUCCCCUUGGUCAGGGAGUGAACCAAUCAUCUGUUUCAGUUGCAGGGUGGAGGGAGUUACCAGCUAGAAGCAUGACUUGCAGCAGGUUGUAGAGAGAUAAAGUAGAUAGAGAGAUAAGGUCCUUCGUGUGUCAAUUGCCGUUGAAAAAUCUUGUUACACAUUAAACGUCAUCUAGUUUGGGCUGGCAUUUGUCUACUCUGCUGGUAUAUAUGCUGUUAUUUUGGGAAUUUUAGUUAGUCUUGUCCAGAUUAGAAGGUAAAUUCUGUAUUUAUUUACAGCCCGCCAAUCCAUGUAGAUAACUCCUCUACAAAUAUAAACUGUAAAACAUUGAGCAUCCUUCCUUCAUUUUAGAUCAAGGAUUUGAUUGUGCUGCCUGGAUUUUUUCCCAGUACAUUGGUUUGGAACAGGAGUGUAACAGGAAAUACUGCAGAGUCUGUGCAUGCAUUGCAUUCCUUUCCCGCCCUGAGAGAGGGGCCAACAAACAAAGCUUUCUUCUACUAAAAAGAGACAAGCUGCACAAAGUUCAACAGCAGAUGCAGCCACAGAAUCCAAACAUCCUUUUCUGCCGAGAGAAAGAAUUCAGUCUGCUAAGUUUAACACACAUACAUACACACGAAACAAAACAGCGUUGCCAUUUUGAGAUCUAAAGCUGGCAAAUAUAUACCAGCUUCAUUUAGUUGCCGUUCCUUGUGGAAGUUUGCUUGCUGUGACGAGGCAUCGGAAUGACGCAUAGAGUAGUAAAUAGUAAUUUAUCUAAAAUAUAGAACAAUCCAGAGAGCAGGCUGCUGGAUUAAAUGAGUAUUCCUGUGCUUGACUUUUCAAAAUUCAGAUCCUUUUUUUAGUGGUGCACAUUUAGUGCAUCUCAUUUGGUCCUGCAUGGAAGACAGAAGUCUGGACAGGUUGCUUAAUUCAUGGGUAGGCAAACUAAGGCCCGGGGGCUGGAUCCGGCCCAGUCGCUUUCUAAAUCCGGCCAGUUCCAGGAAUCAGCGUGUUUUUACAUGAGUAGAAUGUGACCUUUUAAAAAAAAUAAAAAUGCAUCUCUGGGUUAUUUGUGUGGCCUGCCUGGUGUUUUUACAUGAGUAUAAUGUGUGCUUUUAUUUAAAAUGCAUCUCUGGGUUAUUUGUGGGGCAUAGGAAUUCGUUCAUUUCCCCCACCCCCAAAUAUAGUCUGACCCCCCACAAGGUCUGAGGGACAGUGGACCGACCCCCUGCUGAAAAAGUUUGCUGACCCCUGGCUUAAUUGCUAUAGGAGAUGAAGUUGACCGUUUCACCCAGUGAAAGCAACUCUCCUACGGUAAUUGGCCUAUAAGCCCUUAUCACCUUAGCUGGAUAUUUUAUAUCGUGUUUCUUCUGAAGAUGUUGCAGUUCAUGCCUCUGUGAAGUCUCAUAUUUUGGAAUUACAUACACACAGAGGCUCAAACCUGAAAGAACUCGGCCAUAGUUGGACACUGCCUUAUGCCGUCAAUACAUUGGUCCAUCAGACUCAGUACUGUCAUUGCUGAUGGGCAGUGAAUUUAUAGGUUUCAAACGGGUCAUCUCCAGUCCUUCCUGGACAUGCUGUGAAUUCAGCCUGGGAUCUGCAUACAAAGAUUGUGCACUGACCCUUUCCCCUUGGGCUUUUGGGGACUGAGUCAUGUCUGCUUUCUUACAAAGUCUGCUUAAUAUUUGGUUUUCAUUUAACUGUUCAUGCCUGGUAAUGACAAGCAUGUUUUACGCUUCAGAACAGUUCCUCCCAUUGUGGCCUCCUUGGCAGCCAGGAGGGAACUGGACAAGGCAAAGCUUAAUGCAGCCUCCAGCUCACUUACUUUGCAUUGGCCAUCCAGAAGGAUAGUGGGCUGAGCUAUCUAAGCUCCAGGGCACUCCCAAAUGUGUGUCUGCACCACAGACCUUGGGGCAAUAUUAACUGGAGGUAAGCAACUCCAUUAUUGCCUCUACAGAGCUUAACUUAAUUUUUUUUGCAAUUAGCAUAAUUUUAAGAUCGCUGAAAUGACUAAUUCCCCUCCUUCCCAAACUGAAAUACAUUCUGGGUCAAGUAAAGACCCUUGAAUUAAAACCUUGUCCAGGACUAUAGAGGAACAAUAUUUGGCAUGUACUUCCUUUCCUUUCCUUUUUAACUUAGCAAUCCUUGUACUGAACAGGAAACACAUGUUGAAUUUACUAGUUCUUCCUAUUGGGUCUAGUCUGAUUUGCUUAGCUAUGGGAAUAAAUUACAUCAUUUGUUAAGUAUUUGACAGAAAAGAGGAAGUGUGCGUGUGUGGAGUGGGAACUGAAGUGGAUGGCAGAUAGCAUCAUUUUAGGCUUUUCAGUCACCAUUAACUCCCUGCAACAAUGAAUGGGCGUUUUCAGAGCAAGAAAAGCACUUCCUGAACGGGACUGAGAAAAAUAUCAAGAGUGCAUGCAUGCUUAUAAAGCUGAAAUAAGUUCAGGUUGCUGCUCUGCUCUAGUUCUGAUUUUUUGGGUGAUGGUUCAGAUAAGAGCCAAAUGUUUGCCCAGCACUGAACUAACUUGAACGUAGUGAUACUGGAGUGAUUAAGUGAAGAAUGUGAUGCUCUACUCCCUGCCUAAUUAAAAAAGAAAGAGACUUUUUAUGGUACAAGUUAAACUUGUUAAAGGUUCCGUUAGCCCGGUCUGGUUAUAGUCAUGUAUAAAAAAGGUAUAUAUAUUGAAAGCGAUGUUCAUCCAAAUGCAGAAGCUCUGUACAGGUACUUGCACUGCAUUGAACUUGCACCCAUAGUUCCAGAUCCACAUAUGUGAAUGAAAGUCUAUUUAUACACAGCUGGGUGAGGACAAGGUGCUGAAAACAUUCUAGAUAACAUAAUUCUACAUCUUACUGUGCACAGACAGAUACUACAAGGGCACCCAUUCCCCAUUACAAUCUCUGCUCUGAACCCAGUGCAAAGACGUUUGCUGUUGUUGUUAAGCGUUUCAUUUCUGUGCUAACAUUAUAUUUUAAAUGGAAAAAGUCUCAGAGCAGCUUAAAACACAUGAAAAUAUCAAAUAAAACCUUCCAGAGUAAAACAUUACAAAGGUGAUCAACUACAAAACGGACAUUGAAUGCGGAAAAGUUAACAAAAAAAUUAUCUUAAACAUUUCAAAAGAAAGCAUUACUAAAGGAAAUAAGAUAUACAAUUCACAUUCAACUUGUUUCUAAAACCCAGUAAAAAGUUAUUUUAAAAAUAACAAUGAAAUGCACAUUUAAAACAGCAUAAUUAGCAAGAGAAUAGCUGAUUAUCAUAAGCAUAGAACUUAACUGCUACUGUUGCUGCCAUGGUGGUUCAUGACGGGGGCAGCGGUGGAAGCCCACACUCAGUGACCUGAGUCUGCACUAAGAGACUGUCAAGAUGGUCUCUGGGUUCUUCAGCAGCCUCAACGUUUGUAAAGGUAAAGGGACCCCUGACCAUUAGGUCCAGUCGUGACCAACUCUGGGGUUGCGGUGCUCAUCUCGCUUUAGUGGUCGUGGGAGCCGGUGUACAGCUUCCGGGUCAUGUGGCCAGCAUGACGAAGCCGCUUCUGGCGAACCAGAGCAGCGCACGGAAACGCCGUUUACCUUCCCGCUGGAGCGGUACGUAUUUAUCUACUUGCACUUUGACGUGCUUUUGAACUGCUAGGUUGGCAGGAGCAGGGACCGAGCAACGGGAGCUCACCCCGUCGCGGGGAUUCGAACCGCUGACCUUCUGAUCGGCAAGUCCUAGGCUCUGUGGUUCAACCCACAGCGCCACCUGCGUCCCCUCAACCUUUGUAGCUGGAGUCAAUCAGGGCUUUGCCCUCCCAAGGCCGGUUUGGAAACAGGCUUGCAAAGCGAGGAGCUACCUUCCCUGCAUUGUAAAAACACUGUGAAAUAUUUUUACAGCUAAUGAAUUUUGUAUCUCCCUUUUAGUUACAAUUUACAGAAAAGAGGAGGGAUUAAUUGAAUACAUUGGUAGGAUGAUUAGUGCAUUGAUCAGAGAUGAAGUGUGCAUUUAAAGUACUGGGGGUGGUAGAAGUAGCCCACCAAGCCCUUCCCUACCGCCUUACUAGAGAUGUGUUCUACUUCAGGUAAAUAGUAUGUGGACGUGCGUCUAGACUACUUAGCAAUUGUUUUAGACCAGAUAUAUGUUGGAAAGUUUUUAUUUCUGAUUGGUUAUUAGAAGGCACUGGGAGGAUUCCCUUCAAUGACUUUUGCUCUUCAUGUUUUUAACCAACAUGGCGUAAGAUUGAUAGUGUGUUCCAUUGCAUAUUGGAAUCGUUGGUUAAAAUGAUAUUAAGAAAAUGCCAAAAAUUUAAAAAAAAAUUUGCAGAAGAAAUAUUGUCUUGCAUGCAUAACAUGGGGAGCUCGUCCUCAAGUAGAUAACUAGCUUCACUGCUCAGUGCCAUCCUGGAAUCUGAUUCUGGUGUAAAUUAUAUUUUCUUGCUAUUGGGAAUCAUGUGCAUGUGUUAUCUUGGAAUUGAAAACCAUAUGGAUUUCAUGUGCAUUUUCUAGGAAGGAUUUGGAAGCAAACAGAAACCAGGUGAUCUUUCAUAGCAGAGCAGGGAAACAGAAUUUAGGGUGGACAUGUGUCCUUCUUUACAGAGGUCUGUCCUCUAUUUGAUGGGUUGUCAGGUCAUAUUCCAUGAUAUUCCACAUAGUAUUUAAAAGAAAAGAGCUCUAAGAAGGGAGAGCAGGUGCCUUGAAGUCGGACGUCAACAUUUAACAACAGCAGACUGAGCAGGCUCAUAGGUUACUUGGUCACUGUUAUCUCCAUAUUGGGGAAUUGUAUUUCUUUUUAAGUUACACUUACUGUUUCUAAACCUACAUCCAUAUGCUUGUUUUCUUACCUUUGAGAGCCAGUGUGGCAAAGUGGUUAGAAUGUCAGACUAGGAUCUGGGAGACCAGGGUUCAAAUCCCGACCUGGCCAUGAUGAUCACUGGGUGACCUUGGGCCAGUCACUGCCUCUGAGCCUGUUUUUUGUUGUUGUUUAGUCGUUUAGCCUUGUCCAACUCUUCAUGACCCCAUGGACCAGAGCACGCCAGGCACCUCCGUCUUCCACUGCCUCCAGCAGUUUAGUCAAACUCAUGCUGGUAGCUUCGAGAACACUAUCCAACCAUCUCGUCCUCUGCCAUCCCCUUCUCCUUGUGCCCUCCAUCUUUCCCAACAUCAGGGUCUUUUCCAGGGAGUCUUCUCUUCUCAUGAGGUGGCCAAAAUAUUGGAGCCUCAGCUUCAGGAUCUGUCCUUCCAGUGAGCACUCAGGGCUGAUUUCCUUAAGAACGGAUAGGUUUGAUCUUCUUGCAGUCCAUGGGACUCUCAAGAGUCUCCUCCAGCACCAUAAUUCAAAAGCAUCAAUUCUUUGGCGAUCAGCCUUCUUUAUGGUCCAGCUCUCACUUCCAUACAUCACUACUGGGAAAACCAUAGCUCUAACUAUACGGACUCUCAGCCUAACGUACCGCAAAGGAUUGUUGUGAGGAUUAAGUGAGGAGCAGGAGUAGCAUGUAUGCUUCCUUGGGGGUGGCUAUACAGGCAAAUCCCCAUUUGCUGGUGUUUGGCAUAUUCUUGGCACUGGAAGGGAGCAAGGGUGGAAUGGGGCAGCCUUAUGCAUGUCCCCCCAACUCAUGCAGUGCCUUGGAGUGCAACCCCUGCAUAAAUGGGGAGUUGCCUGUAAAUGCAAUUAAUAAGUAAAUGAUACUGUUUUUAAAUUAGCAUGUCGAAAGUUCAUGCAAAUUUCUGUCCUCUUUUGCCCUGUCUCUAGCAAUGCGCACGUGUCUGCCCUAACAGAAUUGUCCCCUCUUUGCUCUUUUCCUAAUGUAAAUCUGAGGCCAGGGCUCUAGAAAUAACUAGCUGAGCUUCUCAGCAAACUGCAUCAUUAGCACCUCAUUACCCUGGAUAUUACUAAGCAGCUAUUCCAAUAUGUGCUGCCUGGGAAGUGUGUGCAUGCUAUGAGGUCACUUCGCAGCAAUGAACUCCCGAGUUAUUUGCUGAGCAGCGUUUUUGGAGUUAAUUUACGAGCAGCAUCCCUAUGAACAGCUGCUCUUGCAGCAUAAUGGAAGUGUAAAUGGGGAAGUUCAAAAAGGUGUUAGGAAAGGCAGCACAGGCUAACAGCACAUCCAUUUUGUAUUUUUGGAAGACGCCUGUGCGUGAAUUUGUUUUAUUUUUGUGCAUCAGUGUACGCUGACCAACGCAAUCUUCGCAAUAAUGCUCUUUUCCAAUGGCAUGAGUAUCACAACAGAUUCUUAUCUGCUGCAGCCUUCAUCCGCCAUCACAGCUGUUGUAACAUACCACUUGUUAUCUUUUGCAUGUUCUGCUGUUGAGGACUUCUUGGAUCAUUCUUUGUCUGUAUCUAUUAGCACAGUGUUGAAAAUUCCCUUUGCUAAAAGGAAGGAAUGUGGUGUAGUGGUUAAGAGCGGUGGACUCGUAAUCUGGUGAAGCUGGUUCGCUUCUCUGCUCCUCCACAUGCAGCUGCUGGGUGACCUUGGGCUAGUCACACUUCUCUGAAGUCUCUCAGCCUCACUCGUCUCACAGAGUGUUUGUUGUGGGGGAGGAAGUGAAAGGAGAAUGUUUGCUGCUUUGAGACUCCUUCGGGUAGUGAUAAAGCGGGAUAUCAAAUCCAAACUCUUCUUCUUCUUCCUCUUCUUCUUCUUCUUUAGAAGAAUAGAAUUCUUUCUUGGGAAAUCGUAACCCCAAGCAAUAAAAAGAUGAAGCUCAAUGCCAUGUAGAACUUCACUAUAGAAUUUAGAAUCAAAAGAAUAUAUGUGAAGCCAAAAUUCACCUGUAAAACAAAGCCACGACUAGAGAUCCACAAAUGUGCCGCCAGUGGCAAUCAUGUUUCUGAGACUCCGCGAGUUAUUUUCUGCCCCGGUGCAAAAUGGGCAAGACCUGGCCUCCAGAUAAAGGGCUGGGGGAGCCAAAGGCAUCAUUGCUUCAAAAGGUCAACAAACCACAGUGCCUCCCAGCUGAAAGUUGUAGCAAUCCUUCCGUGGAUGCCUUUUGAAAACUCCUUCAGAAGAUUUGGCGAGCUAGCUUUCCUGGAAUUGCCACUUUUUCUAGGACUUGUUGUUGGCUGCUUGAGCCCCAACAGAGGACCGUGAGUUCCCCUGUGCUAAUAUAGUGGCUGAAUGAACUGUGAGCCAGGAAACCCCUGAACCCGGAAACCUGUCAACUCACAAGGGGUCCCUUUAAGCAAGCUGCUGCUCUCUUGGAUUCAUCCUACUACCUGCAAUACGUAAAUAGUGUUGGCCAAGCUUAUUAGGCAGCCAUAAGAUAAUGUGGUGAAAGGCUAUAUUACUUCAUUAUUUCAUUCUCUUAUUGGAAUGCUUGAAUUGCACAAAAUAAGUAAUUAUUUACUGCUACUGCUUUCCUUGCUAUCAGUUAGCAUAUAUGUGUACCUUACUGUACAGAGCUACUGCAUAUCCGCCUGCCACUUAACACUAUAUACAUUGGGUUUUAUAUUCAUCUGUAACUCUUCAUUCGUUGCUUUAUGAUGCUGUCUGCAUAUUCUGUCAUUUUAACUGUGCUUAAAAAGAAUAGAAUCCUAAGGGUAGUAUGACAAGCCAAUUUAUCAGCAGGACUUAUAACCACCUUACUUGCUCGUACAUGUGGCACAUACUUGGCUGCGUGCCUCUCCUUUAGUGCAGUUACUACUGUGAAACACUCAUUUUGUACUCACGCACAUGCACUUUAAUACAGGGUAGCUCUUCACUGCUUGGUUAGGCAGCUGUUCUUUUGACUGAUCUAUAUUUAAAGUCCAGUAAAAACAUCUCAUGCUUUUGGAAAUAAUAGCAAUUUGGACGUGGGAAGGUGAGGAAGCUGUAGCUGGCUUUAAAAGCUGCAUUGAUGUUUUGACUUGAAAGAGUCUCCAGAAAAAUGUCUUAAGUAGAGUGAGCAUCUUGUGGAGUGGCUGCAAAUGUGACCGAGAAAGCAAACAGGGUGUUUUAUUUGUUCCUUAGUGAUCGUUCUGCUACACCAUUUGGAGCCUUUACUUUUUUGGAAUGUCUGUCGUAUGGAAGAAUGAGUUUUUUCUCCCUUCUUGUUGCUGAGUUGGCUUCUCUAAAUGUGAACUCCUGAGCAUUUGGCAUUUUUAAUAUAAAUUUGAGUAAGAUUUAUAGCACCUGUGGAAACAAGUGUUGCAGGUGAGCUCCCCUCCUGCUUCUCCCCCACCCCCAAUUGGAUAAACAUGGCUGGGAACUCUAAAUGCUACUGUCAUGCACCAGGAAUGCUAAGUGUGUUACCUUGGGGAUUGGAAGUUGGAGUAUGACACUGAGUGCUACCUUUUGAAGCUCAUCCUGUAUGCCUGAGUGAAGAAGGAAAAGGGUGGUCUGCAGGCAUUUAAUAAUAUAAUGUUGAUACAUAAAUGGAAGCUGAUGUCUCCCGUGCAUUGAGAUGCAGAAUGGGUAGGUCUUUUCUUGAUCAACUCAGAACUCUGUAGGAGGACAAAACCAAAACAGCGUUAUGUAUGGACCAAACGUGUUGUGAUUGGUCCAGAACUGCAAAUCCUGGUGAAGCAUUUGCCUCUUUGACUGCAUUGAAACAAUGGCUAAUAAGUGGUCCACAGAUUAGGCUAUGGUUUAGUGUUAGUCUGGUCUACUGUUAGUGCCAUUAUGUGAGAGCCUUGUUUUCUUCGCUCUUCAUCGCCUUUCACACAGAACCUGUUUCAUAUCCUUAUUGGCUCUAUGAUGGCCCUUAGACAGUGGCACAAAUGCAGCAAGUUCUCAUUGUACACCACACUAAAGUACUAUAACAGCUUUGAAUUGCAACUGUAUGAACCUUGGAUAUCAAUUCAGAAUAUUCACUAUGCAUUUAAUCAGUAGCAUACGCCUUGAAUAUUCGAAUGUAAAUUCUGACAUUCAGGCAAUUUUUUUUACUGUUGGUGUCAGGGAACUGCCAUCAGUGCCGGAGGGAGAGAGCAAAAUCCAGAGGGAUUCCAGAGAGCGUCCCGGGAGUGGGAGAGGCAGCCCAUCUUCUGGGGAAGAGAAUCAGCGUAGCACCAGUAGAGAAGGGGGGCAGAUGGGGGAAGCGGCGAGGCGGUCCCAUGACUCCUUGCCUGGGACCAGCGGGGAGAGUAGGGGUCCUCUGCUGCCUACGCCCUCCUUGCGCAGAAGGCUUUCGCGCAGAGAGAGUAGGAGGAGACUAGGCGUCAAAGAGCUUCUUUGCUGGAAGAAGUUUAAGAAACGCCCACUGACGGAUUCUGCCAGCGAUUGAGACAGCCACGGGUGAGUGGCUGUCCGGACAGAAAAGGUUCACUCAGGCAACCCAGCCAGGUGUUUGCACCGGCUUACGCACGAGCAACCCCUAGAACCACUACAGUUGGGUUGGGGGGGGCGGGCGUGCUGUAUAAGAAGUAUAAAAUAGUUUUCCAGGAAUGCUUCCUAUGUACAUUUAAAGGUAAUUUGUUAGCUGGCCUCUUUUUCUUAAGACAAUAACCACAAGAUAUAAAAUUAAAAGUUGAAAAGAGCUGAUAAAUUCAUUUAAAAGGGUUUACAUUCUCAAGUGUUAUAUCUCACACUUGCAUCACAGUAACAGACAUAGUCCUUGCAUAAUUUUGCAAAACUAUAAAAAUGUCAAAGGUUAUUCCAGAACAUCUUUCCACAAGGAAAUGUGAGUCAGUGGUAGGCUCAAGUCGUGUUGCUUUUGAGGCACAUAGGCUACGAAGGAAAACCAUUUCACAGUAAUUUAAAUGGUUUCUCGAAACUCAAAUCUUGUGUAAGGUACAAUAUGGUCUAUAUGCUGCCGCGCUAUGAAAAUUCACCUUUGGAUAGACUUCUGCACUGGUUGUGCAACACAAACAUCUUCCUUGUGUAAGAAAUUGAAAAUUAGUAACACAGAUCCACUGAGGCCUUAAUAAUGUACACAUCUGCAUCUUUAAAAAUAUAUAUUUGAUCAUAGGUAGGACCCAUCUAGGGCAGCCUUAAGUACAGGCAAUGACCGAUUUACGCGUGUCCAAUUGACUCGUAACUGCGCCUUGCAGGCCUAUUCAUGCUCUGCCGGCACACACGUGGGCCAGGAGCAUAACCCCACAUGAAUCAGUAACCCUUCCUAAAAGAGGGUUGAAUGGUCUAAGCCUGGAUAUGAAAUGGCUCUCCACCCCACCCCACCCCACUCACCCACCUACCCACUUGGUAUAAUGGUUUGAGGCUUCUUCCAUUCACACUUGAGGUACUUGAUUAGGUAGGACUUAUUUUUCUAGGCCUUUUGCUUAAGAGACUUGCCUUAUGGUUCCUUAAUUCAUUCAUAAGGUUCCUUCCCCCCCCUUUUAUUUUUGUUUUAGAACCAAUAUAACUGCAGCUGGGUAAUCGUUCUUUCUUAUUUUAAUUGGAGUUGGCCACACACAAACAGCCUGCAUUUCUUGAGAGAGAGAACUGCAGGAAAUAGGUAGUACUACCCACCACGUGCAUGCCAAGCUGUGGCCCCUUCGGAAGAUUUCAGCCAUGUUAUACAGCAGUGGUUGACAGUAAGGAAGCAAGUGGGCUGGAAGGGAUAAAGUCCAUUAGGCCUUCGUUGAUCUGCUAGCCACCCAGGUUGCCUGCCACUGCGUCUUGGGAAGGCAAAUCAUGAAGGUAUGGGCCCUUCUGUUGCUAACGCUCUACAAGAAUUUUGCAUGCUCUGGAGUGCAAAAUUUACAUACUAAGUAAAGACCUAACAUGGGGCUUAGUCUUUGAUAAAAUAUCAUUGACCAUCCCUUUUUGUUCCAAAAUGUGUUUAUUUCUGCCAGAAACUUUCAAAAGCCUGCAUGAUUUGCUCACAUCUGAGUCGGCUGGAAGUAGACAAAGACCCUUCUGGUUUUGCAAGCAUAACUCAUUAUUAUUAUUAUUAUUAUUAUUAUUAUUAAUUAUUUGUACCCCGCCCAUCUGGGCGGCUUCCAACAAAGAUUAAAAAUACAUUAAAAUGUCACACAUUAAAAAUUUCCUUGAACAGUGCUGCCUUCAGAUGUCUUCUAAAUGUCAGGUAGUUGUUUAUCACUUUGACAUCUGAUGGGAGGGCGUUCCACAGGGCGGGCACCACUACCGAGAAGGCCUUCUGCCUGCUUCCCUGUAGCUUUGCUUCUUGCAAUGAGGGAACCGCCAGAAGGCCCUUGGCGCUGCACCUCAAUGUCUGGGCAGAACGAUGGGGUGGAGAUGCUGCUUCAGGUAUACUGGGCCAAGGCCAUUUAGGGCUUUAAAGGUCAGCACCAACACUUUGAAUUGUGCUCAGAAACGUACUGGGAGCCAAUGUAGGUCUUUCAAGUCCAGUGUUAUGUGGUCUCAGCGGCCACCCCCAGACACCAGUCUAGCUGCCGCAUUCUGGAUUAGUUGUAGUUUCUGGGCUCCUUCAAAGGUAGCCCCACGUAGAGCGCAUUGCAGUAGUCCAAGCGGGAGAUAACCAGAGCAUGCACCACACUGGCGAGACAGUCUGCGGGCAGGUAGGGUCUCAGCCUGCGUACCAGAUAGAGCUGGUAGACAGCUGCCCUGGAUACAGAAUUGACCUGCGCCUCCACGGACAGCUGUGAGUCCAAUAUGACUCCCAGGCUGCGCAGCUGGUCCUUCAGGGGCACAGUUACCCCAUUCAGGACCAGGGAGUCCUCCACACCAGCCCACUCCCUGUCCCCCAAGAACAGUACUUCUGUCUUGUCAGGAUUCAACCUCAAUCCAUUAGUCGCCAUCCAUCCUCCAACCGCCUCCAGGCACUCACACAGGACCUUCACUGGUUCUGAUUUGAAAGAGAGGUGGAGCUGCAUAUUGAUAGACACCCAGCCCAAACCCCCUGAUGAUCUCUCCCAGCGGCUUCAUGUAGAAGUUAAAAAGCAUGGGGGAGAGGAUGGAACCCUGAGGCACCCCACAAGUGAGAGCCCAGGGGUCUGAACACUCAUCACCCCCCACCACUUUCUGGACAAGGCCCAGGAGGAAGCCUGAGUUUCCAAGCUUUUGCCUCAUAAUGAAAACUACUCUUUUGUUGCCAUAAGAUCUAGAGGGGUUCAUUUCAGGCCAGACCUGGUCCUGUAGGGCAAAACUGUGAUCUGAGCUUGCUUUGAGAACCUUUACUCAUAAAUGUUUGUUAGGGGUUUCUCUUUUUAAAAGACAUAAAGUGGUUCAGGAAGUAAUGGAAGGAAAUGGUGAAUAAGCUAUAUUUAAUCUGCCACAAAAUAGCAUUAUUAGUACUAUGCACAUGCUGGCUAAUCUGAUGUGUGCAUCAGUUACUCACCUCCUUAGUCAGCAAUAACGAUGCUAAAACUUCUGCAACCAGAAAGUUGCAACUAAAGCUGCUGAAGGUGCAAAGAGGUUUAAGAUGCUUGAGCUGAGAAACAUUGGAGAGGGAAAAUAUUUUGUAUUGUACAGGGCAAUGCUAUUCAGUAUUUUCUUUAAAUCAGACUUGUGCUUUGCCUCUAUCUUAGGCAACAAGAAAUUGCCUGCAGGCAGGUGCAUGAAUUCCAUGUCCUUGAGCAAGGAGAUCGGCAGAAGAGGGACAUCCUAGCAUAGAAACCAGACAGGCUUCAGGGGGGAUUCUCCAGCCUUCCUCUGACAGCUUCCAGCAGGCCAGUCACUCCUGUGAGUUUAUGUUGGGUGGCCAUCCGUCAUGGAUGCUUUAGUUGAGAUUCCUGCAUUGCAGGGGUUUGGACUAGAUGACCCUCUGGGUCCCUUCCAACUCUACAGUUCUGUGAUUUUAUGUAAAAGGCUGCAUGAAUCCCUCUCAGUGUUCUCCAGGAACACAAAUCGGUAGGCACACCUGGUACCUUUGGCUGAUCCACACACACACACACACACCGAGUUUGUAGUGAAGUGCAGGCAGAGAGUGUUUAGGGUUAUUCUGCAGGAAUAGUGAAGCAAGUGUAAAAUUGUUGCUGUGAAUGCCUGGAUCUAGGUCAUUCAGUAUGUUCCUGUAGGGCAUUGCCACAUUUUAGCUAAAUGUAGGUAGGUGCUGGCGAAGUGGGACCAGACUGUAGCCUGGAUAAGGGUCUCGAUUGCUUGCCAUGCUAGCAGCACACCUCCCUGUCACACCAUUGUACUAGUGCAGGAAGUGAGCACCAUGUUGUCCACUAGAGCCAGUUGAUACCCAGUCAUAUGCUCUGGCAUGGGAACUCAGCUGAGGUACAGCGGUUUAUAAAAGGUGGAUCCAAAUAGGUGGCUAAAAUGUUUGAAGAUUACGUUUUGGGCUUGUCUGACGCACUGCAGGCUCUACAAGAGGCUACAUGAGCCAACAGAGGGACACAUGAAGCAUCCUGUACCUUAACGGUGUGUGGGGAGAAAGAACAGCUUUGCAAGGGGGGAAAUAUUUCUUAACUUUAAGGAAAACUGCAGAAUCAGAACAGGGGGAGCUCUUCCGCGACUGACAGAUCUAGCUUGUAGUCAUAGGGAAUGAAAAUUAAUCGCCUUCUGUCUCAACCCAUAGUCAAAUUCACAAAUACCUAGCACCAAAGCCCCUGGAACAAUUUGUCUGCAAUUUGACAGGGUUUUCUUUUUCUGGCCAGGAUGACUUCUCUGGUGCCUCCAUUUUUAGACCAAUUGUCCACAAACACUAAGGGAAAAUAAAUGAUUCCCCCCCACACACUUAAAAUAUUACUGGCCCCCUGGCAAGAAUCUGCAGCUAUCCUUCUGAAAUUUGAGGUUUGGGUCCUCAGAAGGAGUAAUCUGCCUGCAAACUUCAUCUGGUUCUGCCCCAAAAUGAAAGUUAUAGCCUUUUUAUGUUUUGAAAAAACAAAGUCAUGUUUUAGAGACAUCCAACAAAACAGCUCCUGAUCCAAUUGAUCCAUUCUGAAGGGACUAAUAUAUCUGCUGGUUUCAUCAAAUUCUGUAAACUGGGGGAAAUGUUAAAGUGUGUGUGUCUGUGUGUUUAAAUUUCCCAGUAGUGAAUUUUGGGGAGGGGGGAGCAAAGUGGAUUCAGACACCCCAGCUGAACUGGAAAGCUUCGAAUUUGGCCUGAGCCAAAUCAGGCUAUUUUACCAAGUGCCAAAUGGGGAACCUGAGCUGAAUUUUGUGGUCUCUACCCACCGCUACUACAUAGUGCUUGUGCUAUGCUGAUGGAGGGGGGGUGUUUCUAUGCACAGCUGACCCUUUUGCCCAAGCACUAUCACAGAAGGCCUUUGGAAAAACCUUUCAUUUCAGAAGCAGCUUGCUAUGGGGGCAUAAGGUCCUGCUGUUUGUAGGAACACAUUUAACCCUCCCCCCAACCAUUUCGGGCUUGCAUCACUGGUUCCCCACUUACUUAAAUCCUAGCUGUCACAACUUAAUUACAUAUACAGAUCACAUCCAAGGCCAGAGCUGUGUCCUGAAAUGAACUUUUGAACAGGUGCUUUUGACAGUCUUUGAAAUGCAUGUGUCAGCAAUUUGUUUGGUUGUUUUGUUUGGUGGUGGUUGUUGUUUUUCUGAAGGGCCGCAGAGGCACAGAUGCCUUUCACAUCUGCUGUGCCUACUCAAAGGUCCUGCCCAAAUGGGUCGUAGAUAGAACAUUCUCUUCCCUCCUGUAUUGUUUGUCAUAGUGCCAUGGCAAUUCCCCGUGUUUCUUUAUUGCAUAAGAAACCAAAGAACUGCUUCACGCAUUAUUCUCUUGCUUGUUAAAUAUAAAGUGUGAAUGUGAUGGGUGUCAGUGUUUGCUUCAGCAUAAUGUGUAGCUUUGCUGUAAAAAGGCAUGCAGGGAGACACACAGCUUAGCAAAAUUAUGUCCAGUAUAUUUCUCUGGUAUAACCUGGCACUGCUGUCUUGGCACCAAACAGCCUUGAAGAAAAGGGGCAACAAUUCCUCCUGGCAUAACUCAAAAGAAGAUGAUUAGAAAUAAGGCUUUCACCUUCAACAUUAUGAUGUUACUUUAAAAGUAGUAUGAGCACAUGUAAGAUAACUGACCCAUUUUCUCAAGAGCCUAGGAAGCUGUUACACACCUCACUUCAAAUGUUGCUUUUCUUUACAGUGUCCCAAUGUAAUCUCAGUUUGAAGAAGCAGAGGAGUCGAAGCAUCUUUAGCACUUUGUUCUGCUGCUUUCGUGACUACAAUGUUGAGCCACCAUCUACCAACAGCACCAGUGUCCUUCCUCCAUUGGUGGAAGAAAAUGGCGGACUUCAGAAGGUUGGCAUCUUCUUGCUAACACUUGCUUUUUGGAUUAAUGCAAACAAACCUUCCGUUAAAAGUUGUGUGUGGCUGGAUAUCCUGCAAUAUCAUUUGGAAACCACUGAGCUGCAACCAUGACUACAAGUUUCUGAGGAGUGGGGGAAAUGUUGCAAAGUAUGGCAGUUGAUGAAACCAUUUCCCUCCCCCCAUUUGAAACAUAACAAGUCAUUUGCAGGCUGCCACAGCUGUUGAAGAAAACAACAUCACUAUCAAUUGCAUGGCAAACCUAGCCUCUAGAUGAAAUGUCUGUGGUUUGGUUCAGGUUCACACUGCCCAAUCAGCAGACAGGUUUCAUGAUCAGGAAGCACUCUGCUUCCUCCUUUCCUUCCUUAUUUUGCUGCGGUAGGUUUUUGUGAUGUCACGCAGCCUUAACCAAGGAUUUCUUCCCAACCACGGCUUGCUCGCUAGCAUUUCCCUUAAUGAAUUGUGAUGAGAAGAUGGAACAGUGUUGUUCCAUUGCUGCACACAGCGUGGUGCUCUCUCUGACUUUCCUUCAAAUCCCAACAUGCAAACACGCUUCAGAAGCCCAGCUCGAGGAGGCCUCCAUAUAUUUCUUUCCACUUGGCGGUUGUGCAACUCAGCUGGAUGACAGAGCACUGCAGUUGCUUUCUAGUUAGUGCCGCUCUCUGCUAUCUGAGUCCGUUGCUCUCAGUGGUGGAGCCGUGCCAUCUUUAAAUCAUCACAGGCAACCUAGCAACUACCAAAUUACCAAACAGGGCUAAGCCUGCUGUGGAUGUGCUAACUUAAUAUUCUCUCUCUCCCCCCCCCUCCAUUUUCCUUCUAAACUAUUCCCGGUUGUUACUUAGCUCCACAUACUAAUUCGGGUCUGGAGUUUAAAGAGGAGCCUAGGAAUUCCAUGGCAGCCGUUUGUGGAAAUGGAAGUGAUAAGCGCAUGCAGGUGCCUGCUCUUGGGUGCAAGGGCAGAAUGUGGUUGUGGAUUGUUUUGCAUCACAGCUCCUGCCUUUUAACUGAUCUCUUUUCUGCUAUGCUGGGCAGAAAAAAUUUGGCCAUGUUGACUGUUUGGGAGGUGGGAGGGAACAGAGCUGAUCCAACAGUCUUUUUUUCUGGUAAUUAUGAGAAGAAGCAAAAUGUGACUUUGCCUUUUCCCAUAUUCUUCAUGAAAUUGUGGUAAAAAUUCAAGAAGAUUGAACUGAUGACACUUAGCAAGCUUUCGGGCUGACAAACGUUUUAAAUAGAACUCACUUGAGGAUAUCUUUUUCACACUAGAAUAGAAUGAAAAUUUCCUGGCAUUCGGUGUGACAGCAAACUAGCUUGAGCGGUUGUUGUAUGAAGCCAUCCUCUAAUUGGGGGGUGUCACCAAAAUUUUGGAGCAUAUUGCAAGCUAAUGAAACUGUUAGUACCACACACACUGCAGGCAAGCACGUGCCACAUCUUGUUCUAUUAUUUUGAAACAGAAUGCUUCCUUCAAGCCUAAUUUCAGUAGGUAAAGGUGUGGGUACCAGGGAAGGCCUCUUUGGUGAUUCUUGCUCUAAUGCUGGAAUCCUACCCAACUGUGAACCGCCAAGCCAAAUGCAUCCUACCAGCCAUCUAUUGUAGCUUGUCAUGGGAUUGACUAGAGGUCUCCAUAAACAGAAGACUUAUUGGGCCGCUUGUGGACCCCAAGUUGUGCUUGCCUGCUGCAAAUAGUUGCAGCCUCCUGGCUAUGCUGAUAAUUUAAAACAGACAGUUUAAUGGCCAUGUUCAGGUAACUCAAACAAAUCUCGUGGAUUUCCUAAUUUUGAAUUAAUACUAAUACAACCUGAUUGUAGGUGUUCAGUGAUUGUAUAACAAUUGGCUGAAUAGAUAACCGUGGGUAAAACAGGAGACUGUACAGUAGUUUAAAUAGAAUAAAGUCAAUUUUAUGUUGAGGGUAAUAAUUAAAAGAAUAGUUAAAUUCUGAGUUGGAAGCUUAAUGACAAAAUCCUCAAAGGAGAUGGUGUGUAAGCUGCAGGUUCCUACAUACUCUACCUCUUAAAUGAAAAGGCCUAUUUAGACUACUCGGGAAUUUAACAAUUAUUCCUUUGGGAAUUAAUAUCAUGAAAAUGCCACUUGAGCUGCAAUCCUAUACCCACUUGUUUGUGAGCAAGUGCCAUUGAGCUCAGUGGGACUUACUUCUGAGAGUAAACACAUAUAGGGCUGCCUUCUUAGGCUCUGUAGAAGAAUAUCUGUGUUGGUUCCUGCCAGCGAGAGAAUUGAUGGUUAUUUCAGAAACACGAUUGUCAGCAGCAACUUCCAUAGAUUGCCUAUUCCGGUGAAGUAUAAUCUUUCCAUAUAUGAAUUUACAGUAAUCAGUGCAGGAGCUUGUCUCAUAGACACGAAGCAUUGCACUGGAGUAACUUCCAGUGCAUCAGAUUGUCUCUCCUCUGGAUCAACAAAUCUAUACCCUAAAACUGGGGGAAAUGUAGAACACUGCUAUGACAGCUACGCUUGCCUCUCUCCUUCUGCCUGUAAGCCCUUUAAGGUAGAAGGGCAGGGAGGUCCAGUUUGUCACCCUGCUUGCUUGGGUGGACCUGUUAUAUUAAAUGGAGAGUGGCAGGACAACACAACAGAUGUAGACUGUUGAUUCAGGGUGACAGUCUUCAGCCGUCAAACUAGUGCAUUGUUAAUCUCUGAGAAGGUAGUGUAGGAUUUGCAGCAAAACAUCGAAAAUGUAUUUUCCUUGUGUCUUCCUUGCUUCAAGGCAGCAGCAACAAAGAUAUGGAACAAAUUUAAGAGGAAGGAAAUUGGAAGCGGGUGGAAUAAGAUUCUGACAUAACCACAGUGACUUCAGUUGCUCAGAAAAUAAUUAAUAACUCAUUGGCAUUGACACAACUGGAAGCUGUAAGAAAAGUGGAAGGGGGUUAAAGUUAUGUUUAAAAAUAGACAUUAUGACAAAGUGAAGGAAGUGUGGUUCACCAAGGCUCAGCCCCAAGGCUUAGGAAAGCGUUUGUGUUAUUUAUUCUAUCUUAUUUGUUAGACUUAUGUUCUGCCCUUCAUCAUAAGAUGUCAGGGCAGUUAGAGUGCAUACAGAGUGCCUUUUCUGAAACCUUGAACCAGCCACUGCACAUCAGGAAUCAGAAGAAGCAGUUUCCAAGUUCACAAGUCAUCUCAAAUAGGCUGGGCUCUCAGCACCUCUCAUAUCAAAAAUUCUAUUAAAAGGGGAGGGGGGGACUUGUCCAGUGUUUCCGAUUCAAACGAUACUUUGGCACAAUUUAUAUAGUCCCAAUCCACCAAGCCCUGCUUCUAGACAAGCAGAAGGGCUCUUGUUCAACUCAUGAGAACAAAUGGAUGUCAGAAAGCAUGAGCGUCCGUUGGUUUUUCCAGUGAAUGCUUGUGUUUAUAGUGCAACACUAAAAUAAUUCUGAGUGGUAGAAUUUUUAAAAGUUUGAAAGUGCACCCACCCAAACGUGACAAGCUAGCCUGUCCUCUGUGUUUGAAAAUAUGGUAAUUAUUCUGAACACUAAUUUUGGUUACUAUUUUACUUUCUUGUCAUCUUGGGGAUUUAAAUACUGCAGUACUGACUGAGCCCCUAUGCAUUUUCACUAUUUAUGAGGUUUUUUUUGCAAAUUUCUUUCAAACAAUACUGUUGAGAAUAUAGGAAUUAACUACUAGGGACCCACCUUUCUUACAAAUGCUUCUGUUCUAUUAACUGAUAAUUUUAGUUGCCAUAGUGCUAGAUCCUUUUUAUUCAUCUGGUUUCUUAAGCAACUUUUUGAGUUUCUGUUGGAAUGGUUUGAGUACUAAACCUGAUACUUCCACUUAUUUUUAUGUUCUUCUCUUUUGAAAUACCUUACUCUGACAGUGACCUUUUUUUUUCUCCUUUCCCCUUCAGGGUGACCAGAUGCAGGUCAUUCCCAUACCAAGUGUAUGUAUUUUUAUUCUUUUUCUUUUCUAUUUUUGAAUUUUCUUAAUUUGGGGUUGGUUUAAUCAUUUAUCUCUUGUGUUGAGUCUAGAUUGAUGUGGGUUUUUUUGUUGCAUGCUGUAGGACCAUUCUUUUAUACUAACUGAUAAGAUCUUAAGAGGAUGAAGUACCAGUAGCUGAUGAAUACAAAUCAUAUUAAUGGGAACCAAAUGAAACAUAUAAAGGUCUUCAAUCUGUCUUGAACCAUUCACUAAACCUUUGUCAUUACACACUUUUAAAAAAAUGGUUAUUGCACAACAGAAAGCAUCAAUUAGCCCACAAGGUAACAAAAUAUAAUGGAUGCUCAAUUUCUAUCACUGUGUACAGGCCUCCCUUGUGGCCAAGUGUAAAGGAAAUUUCGGCUUCUCUUUUUAUUUUGAUCAGACAUGGGUGUUUUUUCUAGAGUGAUAAGUGCCCAUGACUACCUUAGCCUUAUUGGAUCAGAAGAGAAUUGUUCCACAUUCUUGGUGUUCCUUUAACCCGCUUCCCAGUGGGCUUGAGGGUUGCACCAUAGAUUUAAGCACCCUUCUAUCCAGUGAAUUUUUGUCACCUGUGUCAAGUACCUUCACCUCUAUUUUUUCUGCCCAUGGCUGCCAAAUUGUGCUGGCACCCACAGCACUUUUAUCACAAUACUGGCACCUCUUUUUUUUAACCCCAAAAAGUACUGCUUAUAUCACUUUAACAGUCAUGACUUGUCCCAAAGAAUCCUAGGAACAGUAGUUCAUUAAGAGUGCUGGGAAUUGUAGCUAUGUGAUAGGGGUCCCCCGACAUCCCUCAGCACCCUUAACAAACUACAUUUCCCAUGAUUCUUCAGGUGAAGUCAUGGCUAUUAAAGUGGUAUAAAGGUAAAGGGACCCCUGACCAUUAGGUCCAGUCGUGACCGACUCUGGGGUUGCGGCGCUCAUCUCGCUUUAUUGGCCGAGGGAGCCGGCGUACAGCUUCCGGGUCAUGUGGCCAGCAUGACUAAGCCACUUCUGGCAAACCAGAGCAGCGCGCAGAAACGCCGUUUACCUUCCCGCCAGAGCGGUACCUAUUUAUCUACUUGCACUUUGAUGUGCUUUUGAACUGCUAGGUGAGCAACGGGAGCUCACCCCAUCGCGGGGAUUCGAACCGCCGACCUUCUGAUCAGCAAGCCUUAGGCUCUGUGGUUUAACCCACAGCGCCACCCACGUCCCUUAACCCACCCGUGUCCCUUAAGUGGUAUAAGCAUGCUUUAAAUGCAUGGUGUGAAUGUGACCUUGGUGGCUAUAGAAAAUUGCUCACCCCACAGUAGCAUGCAGCCAAAGCUGCCUAUAGCGACCAGCUAUGUGUCAAAUUCCUACCACAUCCCAACUACCUCACAUUUCUGAUCAGUUUACAACCAGCAGCCCUGUUGUUGCAGCACAAUAAAAGGAUCUCCAUUUUCAGCUAUCUGGCUACACGCAGAGACUUAAAAUAAACACCCGUCAAAAGAUAAGCCGCCCCAUGCAGUUCCGCAAUAGCCUUAUUCAGCGGCCUGGCUUUUAUUGUGUUGUGUGUUACAUUGCAGUGACUGCCAGAACAAAAGGCUGUUCGUGUCCAAAGUACAUUUGCAAACACUUGGUGGCCACCAGGCAAUGAAGGCCUUACAGUGUAGAUAAAUAUUAUGUACAUACUGGUUGAAAUCUGAUUCUGUUAUGAAUCAGCCAUUUGUGUGACUGUUUCCAGUCUGUUAUCAAUCGGAGGCCUUAAUCUGCUACCCGUGCAGGUACUUUCCAUGUGCAUAAGGGGAGUUAGUUAUGGUUGGCAGGGACUCAGUGCCUUGGCUCAUUUGGGGGGGGGGGGGAGUGUUUGUCAUGUUCCAGUUGGUUGAGGAAAUGCUAUCUGAUUUGGCCAUACCAGAUUUCUGCGGGAUUUGUUCAUCAGCAUAAAAAUCAUCACUUCAUGGGAGGGGAAGAGUGGGCAAAGCUCCUGUCGAAAGAUGCAGUAACAGCAAAACGAUUGCCAAGAGAGAGGGAGGAGGGAUCAUGCUGCCGAUCACCUCUUUAAAGCAUCAGAUGCCUCUGGCUCUUAUACACACACAUCCCGAGAAGUUGGGAGAGGACUGUUCAUGCAGGGUUUUGUCACACCGGGUCCCAUGUUUCAGCUGUGUGUUUGUGUGAGAGAGAGAAAGAGACAGAGAAGCCAAACAAUGGGAUAAUGGAUCGUCGGUGAGACUACAAUACCUUGGCAGUGCUUUUCCUGUCCCAUGUUGAAUUGAGGGGCCAUCACACUCUGACCACAGAGUAGUAGAAUCACUUGAGCUAUAGGGAGAUUAACUGUGGAGCUCAGCUUUGGGUUUCUUAAGAAAAAAGAUUAAAAGUGAGAUUACGCUAGGUUUCAUGAAGAAUCGUUUCUCUCGUUGCAUUCUUGUUAGUCCGUUAUGAACUUUAGCUACUGGUUGCUGUGGAAGAGAUUGUGAUGGGUGGCGUUCUACGAGGAUUAUUCCUGAAGAUCUCAUCCUCCUUCAGAAUGGAGAUUCUCUUCAUUCUCAUUGUUUAUGAACAGGAUUUUUCGUAGCAACACUGAAACCCACACGCUAACUACACAAAUCAAUUUUUUCCAUCUGCUGCACUUUCCAAACACCUAAAUGCUUAACAAGAGCCCUGUUGAAUUAGGCCAAAGGCCCAACUGGUCCAGCACCCUGUUCUCACAUUGGCCAGCUAGAUGCCUUUGGGAAACCCAAAAGCAGAACCUGAACACAACACCGCUCUCCACACUUGUGUUUCCCACCGACUGCCCCCAAAAUGUCCAUGUUACUCAUCAGUGCUAAUUACUACUGUAACAACUUCUCUGAGGAUAUGUUUCUAACAAUGCUUGGUCUUCCUGUGUCUUCCAUUCAGCCACCAGCUAAAUACCUCCUGCCGGAAAUGACAAUAUCUGAUUAUGGAAAGAAAUGUGUGGUCAUUGAUCUAGAUGAAACACUGGUGCACAGUUCAUUUAAGGUAUGUGUGUUAUUUAGUAUCCUGUGAUAGGCUGGUAGAUGGAUGCAUAGGCCAUAGCUGUCUGAAGAAACACACACAAGUCCUACAAUGGAACCUACUCCUACUUCCCCCGCCCCAUAGUUGAAAUAUUAAGCAUUAGGAUCCAGUGCUGGAUGCAUCUGUUUUGGAAAAGGGGGCACAUGUCUUGUGUCCAGCAACAACUGUGCCUCAGAGCAAUGUUGUCAUAGCACAGCAUUUAGUGAUGAUUUAGAUGUAUGAAUAACCAUGGCAGAGAGAGAGCUUCCACAUAGCCUCAAAACUUGGUUCCUGUCAGUGAAGCCACCUCACACAAUGAGCUCCAAGUGAUGAGAAUCCAGUGGGAAUGCACAUGUGAAAACUGUAGGCUUUCCAGUAAGGGAAAACUUCUGUAAAGAAACACUGCAUUCCUUUGUAAGGCAGAGAAGAGUUGAAUGUUCCUCAGCUAGCUCUGCAGCCGUUUCCAGGAGUGCUGGCGUAGGAACGAGGCUAGCCCUGAUCCAUGUUUUGUCUCUUGACCUAGCGGCCAGCCAUACCUGGCAUUUUAUGAUGGCACCAAGACUUCGUUUCCUAGAUAUUCUGUCUGAUAAAGGGCUGCUGUGCAGGAUAGUGGAAUAAUGGGGGCUUUAGCUAUUAACAAAUCCCUGGGGGUCUCAAAAAUGUAUAUAGGUGUGUGUUCUAGUAUUUCGAUUUUCGUUUAAGUCUCCCAUUUUGAACAGGCACUGUGUUUAAGUACUCAUGAUGCUAACUGUUUUAUUUUGUGCAUGUACUUCAGCAGACAGGUUAUAUACCCUCAGUCCCCAUCUUAACUCUGUCAUCGUCUCCUAGACUCAGACUCCGUGUGUGUGUGUGUAAGUGCAAAGUGACCACCCUCUUAGUUCGUUUCACCUCAUGCAUAUGUUGAAGUUGCCUGUUGCCCACCAAAACGUAUGCUCAGUAAAACAGCCUCCAUAAAUUUUGCCUUGGCUUGGCAGCCAAUCAUUGUUUCCAGGAGCUAGUGAGAUUAUCUCACACCCUCUAAAUUCAGCCUGUCUCUUUUGUACCUUGCUUUAAUACUUUGAAGAUGAGGUAAACAACAGUUUGUCACCAAUGUUACAAUAAACGGCAUGGUUGCUGUCCAGCAAGAGGUCAUGUGACAUGCUUUUGGGAGAGCAAGCCAUCUUGGCAUAACAUUUUGGACAGUCAUUUAAAAAGGCUGCCACCUCAGAAUUUGGGUGGGAAAUAGCACUUCUGAAUGAUCCUCUAUGUUAAAAAAACACACACACACUCCCCAUAGCAGGGUACAUGGUAGAAUAAAUUUCUCCCACGUCUGCUAGGGUCUUAUUUGCAGUGAUCUUUUUUUAAAAAAAAAAUAAUGUAGGAAAGUAUUCAAAAAUGAGAUUCUCCCAAAUGCAAUCUGAAGUGGAGCAGUAAACCUAAUUUUGUUGCUGUGUAGACCAGGCCUAAAAAUGCAUAGCCUUUGCCCAUUAAACAUGGACGUACCUUCUUUCAAAAUGUUUGCAACGUGUUCUGAGUCCUUGGUAAAGGGAAAGCCAACUUACUUUCUUAACACAUGGCGCAGGAAAAGCUGGUGCAGUCCUCUCUUCCUCCUGGUGGUGUUAGUUGUUAGGACUGCACUUCCUGCUUCUUUCCCCCUUUCGGAAAGAGAGUGCAUCACCAAGGUCCCCUCAUUUCCUCUGCAUUGUUAACCAACAUUAACCAAGGCUGCUACUUUCUCCAAUAAGUGAUCUGUGAACACGGAUGUCAGAGAAAUCCAGCAAAAAUGGAAGCAGGAGUGAAAAAUGACCAUUUUUGCUUUUUUCGUGCUAUGUCCUGAAUGGAAAUCAAUCCAGUGGAUAAGAUGUGUUCCGCCCUGAGCCCGGCUUCGGCUGGGGAGGGCGGGAUAUAAAUAAAAAUGUAUUAUUAUUAUUAUUAUUAUUAUUAUUAUUACUUUCAGUCCACAAAUGAUUACGUUCUACCACCCUGUUUGCAUUCUGUUUCCUUUGCGUUGAAAUGAAUGGGGUAAAACAGCAUAAAGAAUCAUAAUUUAUGUAAUAAGUUACAUAGUUUCAACGCAGCAGACAAAUAACAUAGUUUUUGGUGGAAGGUGAACUGCAGCAGAAGGGGGACGCCGCCACAUGUCAUGAAUACAAAGCGGAAGAGAAAAUGAUGCCUUCUUCCAUCCUUGCUGCACGGGGGCCAUUCUCAGUUUUGCUCAGACAAAGGGAAGGUUUCCCACCCUGCCCCUUCACGCAGCAGGCUGAAACCCUUAUCUCAAAAGCUGGCAUGCUUGAGAGGAAGAUCUGCUGCCUGCUCUACCUGCUGGCUCUGUUUGUGGAAGCCAAGCAAGCGCCCCCCCCCCCCGCCUGUGUGAGCACAUGAAUGAAAGCAUCUUCCGACCCCCAUUGUUUCCAUAUUGCAAAAGCUGAAAGCUCAAAUGUGUUUGUGCAAUAGAUUUGGGUUUGUGUGUAAAUAUGCGAACAGGAUAAUUUUCCAGCUCUUUGGCAGUUGUUCCGAAGGAGUUUUCUGUGCCGGUUGUCGUCAAGGUUUUGCAGGCUUCAACAGGAGCCGUCCUGUCACUCCCAGUAUGUUUCCCUAGAGCAUGUGCGGGGAGCUUACGAUAGUAUAGACUGUUCAUGUUUUCUCAAACUGAUUUUAUUUUCACUUUUACCCCCCUAGCCAAUUAGCAAUGCAGAUUUCAUUGUUCCCGUUGAAAUUGAUGGAACUAUACAUCAGGUGAGCGUUGCUGUUUUCUAUUCACCAUUUCGCUGGUUUUGGGUGUGCUGGUAUUCCCAUGCAGCUUUUCAUGUCUGGGUAGCUAUUGCUGGACAUUGUCUUUCCCUCUUUAUGUUACUUUUGAGAAUUUCAGAAGUCCUUUCCCAUCAUCAGGAGACACAUAGUGAUCCCACAGAGUAAACCUACCCUCAGGAAGGGGAAGGAAAUACAGUGUACCUUGGUUUACGAACUUAAUCCGUUCCCAAAGUCCGUUCUUAAACGAAAGCGUUCUUAAACCAAGGCAUGCUUUCCCAUAACAGCAGGGAACUCAAUUUACAAAUGGAACACACUCAACAGGAAGUGGAACAUGUUCUGCUUCCAAGGCAAAGUUCACAAACCAAAACACCUACUUCCGGGUUUGCAGCAUUCUUAAUCCAAGUUGUUCAUAAACUAAGCUGUUCUUAAACCAAGGUAGCACUGUAACUGUCCUGUCAGGAUAGAAAAUCAUAUAAAAGAUCUCGUUGUCUCGAAAGACCAGGAAAUGAUGGAACAUCUUUUAACUGCAACUAUAACUGAAGAAAAAUAAAUGCUCCAACACUAGGUGGUUGGAUGACUGGGGUCUGAGAAGUGGCCCAAAUGAUAACACUUGAGUAACGUAGUAAAAGAAGACAGGCAGCUUGACAACUGGAAAUGGAGUCUCUUUAUUAUUUAUUGGUGUUAACAAGACACCAGAAUAUGCUCAUCAGUGCAUAUUAUUGAGGACAUUGUAAAAGUGUGUAUAGAAACUGGACUCAUUAUCAAGUAAGUUUAUAAAGUGUUCAUAUGUGUGUGUGUGGCUACAUGUUGUGUUUUUUCUUUCCUGUUCCAUUAAAAAGCCAAUAAUUGAAUGCCUAUGUAAAGAGAAACAUUGUCAAAUUGAAAGAAAAGAAUGGAUAUGUAUUCACCCUGGAGUUCUUUCCCACCAGUUGGGCAUCUAAAGAAAGGUGUCAGAUUAUGAAAGGAUGGAGUUUGAGAACUAAUUGACACAUUAAAAAUAGCAUGUCACUGGGGCCAGAUGGCAUUCACUUGAAAGUCUUUGCACUCGGAUUUGAAAUGGCUGAACUGUUAACUAGAAUAUGUAAGUUAUCACUAGAAUUGCAGAGGAAAGGGGAUCUUGUGUGUGCAUACACAAGGUGAAAGGGUAGGCAAUAAAAGAUUGCCCAAUCAGUAACAAAUUGUUCGCGCGCACUCAGAGCACAUUGUUGCUGCAUGAUCUUGUUAAGAACUUUUAACACAGACUUGUCCACAUAACUGAUUCACUUGACUAGAAAACUUCUGCCUUUGUCCCAUCUAGUUGAUAAAACUGAUUUCUCUAAUGUAUCUACCUAAAUAGAAUGGGUUAAGAUAUGGCCGUGGUUCUCAAAGAGUGUGGCAGGAGAGGAUGGCAAGUGUGAGAAGAUUCAAAGACAAUCAAAUAAACAAACAUUUCAGUGUAGCAUAGCUUAAAUAUAUAUAUAUAUAUAUAUAUAUAUAUAUAUAGUUGUUUAGUCGUUUAGUCGUGUUCGACUCUUCGUGACCCCAUGGACCAGAGCACGCCAGGCAUAUAAUAUAUAUAUAAAAUAUAUAUUAUUUGCAGAAUGUGGACAGAUAUGGAACAGGGAUUUUCAACUCUGACAAAUAUGAAAUAUCAGAAAAUAGAAAGGCUUCUUUGUGUUGAUGAGGAUAUAAGACUGUGUUUGUCUCCAAUUAAACCUAAUAUAAAUGAGAUUACCCGGCAAAAGCAAGCUUUGCCCCUCUCAUUGAGUUUGUAUACAUACUUAAGGUACAUAUAUAAGAGGCUAGUUUCUAAUUAUUUGGGACUGAUUCCUGUUCUUAUGUAGCUGCACUGUUUUCUUCUUUCUGGAUGUCCCAUGAUCAUAUUCUAAAGUAGUUGUGUUGUUAUGUUACAAAUCAAGCACUGCUGGAAGUUGUUUCUUUUUGUUUUACCGUCACAAUGUAUUUCUUGUCAAUAACAAAAUUCAGUGUGGUGUGAACCAUUUUUUAUUAUGAAAGUGUUGCCCAGAGAAAAGCCAGGAGGAAAACUUCCACUUAAAUGGCUUGCUUGUUACAUUCUUGUUACUUUCUUGUUUAAAUUGGUUUUAUUGGAAACUGUUAUAUUUUAUAAACACAUUUUGUUGUUCAGCAGGAUAAAAAUGUUUUUCCAAUAUGUAUCCAUACCAUUCAUUUAGUCAGUUGUAUUAUUUUAUGAAAUUUGCCCUUUCUCCCAAAGCAGUGCAGGGAACCAGUUCUCUUGCUACAGACUUAAAAGGGGUGGAACAUUAAUUCUUUUAUCCAAAGGGGCCCUGGGAAUGGUGGCUCUAAGAGGAGACCUGAAGUUCUCUUAACCAUCUGAUCCUUCAUUCCCAUGAUAGUAUGGGGCAAGCUAUGACAGUCAAACAGAUUUAAAACUAAUAUAUAUUUGUUGUUGUAACAGGACCUGGUUCACUUGCCACCCACAAAUUCCAGUCUUUAUUUAUCAGUUCUCUCUGCCAAAUCAGCCUCACGUGCCAAGGUAGCGCUUUCCAAAGAUAAGAAGUGUAAAACGUAUGGGGUAGAAUUGUAAAUUUCCAGCAUAGAGCAAGACACUUUUUUUUUUUAACAAGUGGGACAAUUUUCUCUUCUCCCCCCUUCCCCCCAAAAAGAGAACAAGAUAAGUUCAAGAAGGACACUGACAAACUGGAAGAUGUCCAGAGGAGGGCAACCAAAAUGGUCAAAGGCCUGGAAACGAUGCCUUAUGAGGAACGGCUAAGGGAGCUGGGCAUGUUUAGCCUGGAGAAGAGGAGGUUAAGGGGUGAUAUGAUAGCCAUGUUCAAAUAUAUAAAAGGAUGUGACAUAGAGGAGGGAGAAAGGUUGUUUUCUGCUGCUCCAGAGAAGCGGACACGGAGCAACGGAUCCAAACUACAAGAAAGAAGAUUCCACCUAAACAUUAGGAAGAACUUCCUGACAGUAAGAGCUGUUCGACAGUGGACUUUACUGCCAAGGAGUGUGGUGGAGUCUCCUUCUUUGGAGGCCUUUAAGCAGAGGCUUGACAACCAUAUGUCAGGAGUGCUCUGAUGGUGUUUCCUGCUUGGCAGGGGGUUGGACUCGAUGGCCCUUGUGGUCUCUUCCGACUCUAUGAUUCUAUGAUCAUGAUCCCAUAUUGUCCUCCACUACAGACAGGGUGAUCCUUCAGCAGUUUUGCAGGUGCUGCCUACAGUAUUUGCCCAUCUGAAUAACAAAGCAUCUUCUGCAGUUGCUCAGUAAAUUUCUAUUCCAGUCCCAUGACCACUUGGCACUGCUUUCUGCCUUCAGAGUGCUGUGUCGCUGCCCAGCAGGCCUACCUACAUUAGCAUUGGGAAGGACUGAGGAGUGCAUUAAAAUUAAGAAACAUCCAAGGCCUCCUUUCUUUGCGCAGAGAAUCGCUGCUGUUUGAAAAGGUCCCCCCCCCCCCUAGUUAUGAAGUUCUGAUUUGAAGGGUGUUUGCGAUGAGUUAAAUUGCAUUUCACAAUAUAAACCGUUGUACCACUAAAUAAUGAUUGGAGAGAGCUGCAUUUUCUCAAACACAGAAGUCAUUCUCCAUCCUCUGUCCAGGAUGAUCGGGAUAGGGAGCUCAAACAAAAUGUAGAACAUCUAUCAGUGUAGCUCUGCAUAAGACCCAAUGAUCCGGGGCUUUGUUUUGAACAGUAGUAGUCUUUUUUUGAGCUAAGGAUUCUGGUUUUUGUUGUUUUUAACCGCAAAAAUAGCGAGCGGGAAAUAAGAAGAAUGAGGAACAUGUCAUUUGAAAGCUGUGUGCAUGACUUUAGUAUGUGAUGACUUUCAUUCCCUGAAGGGCAGUGCUCCUUGAAUGAUCUUUCCAGAAGAGGCUGUGACCUGGUUCAAGUAAUCCAGGAUAGGCUGUGUGCAUUCUAAAUGGCCUAUCCUUGAUUACUUGCACUGGGAAGUAGCCACAACACUGUGAAGGCGAUGCUGAGAAGUUCGAGUCCACGCGUCUUCUCCCAACUCUUAACAGCAAGAAGACCAACAACCAGAUAUACUGGGUACCAAGGGCAACUUUGCUAUGUUUAUCUGCUUCACCAUCAAGGAUCCAACGUUGCAUUAAACAUGGGGAGGGGGGGAGAGAACAUGUUCUGUAUUAUUGUGAUGCUCAUUUUUCAGUGUGCAGAUGUAACACCGUUUCAAGCAGAUGUUCCUUGAAAGCACUAAAUGUCCCAGAUGUAUUGCAGUUUCCUUGGCUUAGAAAGACAGCUCUUUUAUUUGGUUCAGUUAAAAACUGAUUGUUUGCAAAUGGAGAAAAAUAAAGAACAACCGCAGCUGCCUUGCUUUCCAUGCCACUGUCAAUUUUCUACUCCAGUUACCCACCUUGCAAGCUUGCUUUGCCUGUCGCCUUUUGUGCAGCGAGUAAUAAUAGGGCCCAUCAACAUCUCUUCUCUGCUGAUUUAAUCUCCGCAGUGUGUUUCCACCAGAGUCUUAGCCUCUCUUCUUUUCCCACCCUCCCCUCCUCCCUGCGUCCUUCCAGGUUUAUGUAUUAAAGCGACCACACGUGGACGAGUUCCUUCAGAGGAUGGGAGAACUCUUUGAAUGUGUGCUAUUCACAGCCAGUCUAGCAAAGGUAGGUCCUGUGUCAGUGCCUCUCUGUGUGCCUUGGUAUAUUUUACCUCCUUCCAGGUACCUCAGAAACUGGCUGGAGCAAACUUUCAGAACGGCUGGAAAACCUUUGCCACUUAAUAAAUAAGAGCCGCUUCUCUUGAGAGCCGCCUCUCAGAAUUAUGGGGCGAACUGCUUCAGAAGAGUCACCAAACAAGCGUCUUUCUAAACCCGAACCCAGAGCAGCUCAGCUGGGUCAAGGGUGUUGCCAACGUAGGCAGACCUCUCUCUCUCUUUAUCCUUCGUGAUGCCUGAAGUCCCCUUCGAGGACUUUAAAAAAAUAAAUAUAUUGGGUUUUCUUUCCCAUUGAAGAGAAAAUAAUUGUCUUAAUCUUCCCCCCUUUCUCCCCUCCUUGCUUUAUUUGGCAGCAUGUACUUUUGUCUGCUAGUGUGUGGGUAAGUGUUCCCAUGGUAACAAUAUCACAUAUGGGCUUGUCUCAUAAUGUAGCCUCCAUGUAUUGCUCAUGAUGGCAAUAUGAAAGGCCUUUUUUAUAUAUAUAUAGUUGCCAUGGUUAUGGAGGGUGGGGAGGAGAAUGGGAAUAAAUAGCUUAUUACAUAACGUAGUUUUCCUAAAGCUGCACACAAAUAAAGUGUACCGGGCUCUAAUGCAGUGCCCGUACAGGCAACGAAUAGUCGGGGCUCCAGCUGAUUGAAGACUACAGAGCACAUCUUACCAAAGCAGCAUUUAUAACGUAUAAGUGCUUGCAAAGCUUGAUGGUGAUAUUUGCAUUGGCGGGUUUGUGGCAGGGGGAGCCAGGGAUAAUUCAAUAUUUUGUGUGCACUUUGGAGUAGUUGUAGAAAUGCUUGUGCAUAGAGCACAAGCUCUGCAGUAGAUUUAGCCGUCUCUAGCAGCCGUGAUGUUUGCCAGUGAUGUCUGUAGUGGCAAUAGCAGCACGUUCCUGUAGAAAACAAAGUCAAACUUUUGCAAACUCCCACCGUAUUGGAUAAACUGGGAGGCGGGGGCCAACUACGUUGCCUCGGUUAGCAGAUAAUUGGAAGAGGCUUUCCACGCAUUGGCAGUGUGCUUCUCUGGUCAUUGGAGAAGAGCGUCUUGUUUGCAACAAGGACUUGGGGGGCACAUGUACUGCUCCUGCAAAGCAGCCUUUUUUGCUCCUGGCUUCACGCAAGCUCAUUUUGUUGGGCGCAGUCUCCGGGUGGGCACUUGCCAGGAGAAAGCUCAAGCUCAAUUCUUCCCCUUGUCGUCUUUUAGCAAUCACUUUUCUCAGCUACAGCCUUCAAGCGCUUCAGUUAAACUUGCCAUGAAAUGAAUCUUUUAUUCAAGUCAAUAUAGCCAGGGUUGAUAUACCUGCCAUUCGUUUUUAGCAUAUGCAUAGAAACACGGCUGGGGUGUGUGUGCACCCCAGCAUUUGGGGUGUGAGAAAUCGGGAUUGGCUUAACUCCUCCCCAUACCCUACCCUCCAGUAGACUUUUGCAUACAUUGCAGUGAGUGCUUGGGGGUGAAGUCGCCACAGCAUCCUCGAGCUGGCCUAUUCUUCCUGUUCAGAAGAUAGAGGCGGUUUCUGUAGCUUAGGAGGAGAUGAUAGCCGAGACUUGGAUCACAUCCACACCACAUUUAAAGCACUGUUACGCCGCUCUAACACUUCCCCCAAAGAACCUUGGCACCUGCAGCUUAUUAAAGGUGCUUAAAUUUAGUAGGAGAACCUUCCCAGAACUACAAUUCCCAGCGCUCUUAGCAAGCUGUAGUUCCCAAUAUUCUUUGGAGGAAGCCAUGACACUUAAAAUGGUUUAAGAGUGCUCUAAAUAUAUUGUUUGGAUGUGAACUUCCAAUUCUACGGAGCGUGAAUUUUGUGGGCCUGGUGUUAGGAUUUCUGUUGACCAAGGAAUCAGCAUUCUGCACAACUCUUAGCCUCAAAUUAGAUUGUUGCUUUUCAGUAAUUUGUAGACUUUGCACUGAUGAAGUAUUAUUUAUAGUAUUUAUAGUCUGUUAUAGCAUACUAUAAUCACUAACAUAUAGUCUCCCUACAGUGUUUAUGAAUUGUUUGGAAAGCCCCAAGCUUUCUCUCCUCUUGGUGCCUCAUCUAUCUGAGUCCAGUGGUGCAAAUCCAACAUACAGUUCAGAUUAGCUAUGAACUGUCCUUGCUACAAGAGAGCCUCUGCUCUCACCCCAAGAACCUUGAACCCAGGACAGCAGCACAUAGACUCCUUCCUUCCUUCAUCACUUGGGCAGCUUUGACCGUCUGCCUCACUCCUAGUAAUGUUCAAACAGACUUCACCAAUAUACUUUCAGAAGUUUCUGGGUUGUCUCUUGUGCUGGACCAAAAUAGGGACAAAUUCAUACUUUCCACUCAAAAUCACCAGAGCCUCUUGUAGCUCAGGCUGUUGUUCUUCAGUUCAGCAAUGAAAACAGGUUUCUGCUCCUGAAAUUCCACCUGAUGAAGCAAAAUAGGAGUUUUCUUUUUUAAAAAAAAUUACAUUUAUAUCCCACCUUUCCUCCAAAGAGCUCAAAAUAGUAUAAAUGGUUUCCCCUUUUCCACCUCCAUAUUUUAUCCUCACAACAACCCUGCGAGGUAGUAGGUUUGGUUGAGAGAUGAUAUAAAAGUUGAGUGUAGGGUUUGCAGUGCGUUGUUUUAAUUUUGGCCUGCCUCGGCCCUAGUCUGUAUCCCCAUGUGAUAAGGUACAUUUUAAGGAAGACCACAAUAAGACACUACUCCUUCAUGCACCGGUAGCGCAAAGUAUAUUUGAUAUCUGUGCAAUGACUUUUCCCCACCUCUUCCUGUGAACUUUUUGAGGGUCCAUUUCCUGCUCAUGCCACCAACUUCUGCAUAUGGCGCCUUGGAGAAGCCACACCAGGAUCCCCAGGCCAAGUUGGCUUCUCUCGCCUUUGUCUUUGGAACCAGACUUGGUACGAAGUAGCUUAGAAUGGAUAUUGUGGCUGUACUGAACCCUGUGACACUGUUUGUCGAAUAAUUUGCUAGACUUGUUGGGCAGCAUUUUAGCUGAGAAGAGAGAGUCGGUGGCCAGGAUCCCAAGAACCAGUGAAAGUUGUUCCACAAAAUCGGGGGGGGGGGGUUGUUAGCCUUGCUUUCCUUGAAAAUAGCAGCUCCCCACCACACCUUCAUGCUUCGCGGCUGUUUUAGAAACUGAGCAGUGCAGCUGUUGAAACCUGCUGGGCUACUGCAAAUUUAAUGUGCAGUUACAUAAAAGAGAUGAGCUGCUUUUCCCCUGAGUUGGACUAUCUGGGUCAAUAUGGUCUCUUCUGAACAUAAGGCCACAGGAUGGGCACUGCUGGAUCAGGCCAAUGGCCCACCUGGUCCAGCAUCCUGUUCUCAUGCAGGACCCGAGCACAAGAGCCCUUUCCCCUCCUGUGAUUUCCAGCAAGCAUUGCUGCCUCUAACUGUGGAAGCAGAGCAUAGCCAUCAUGGCUAGUAGCCAUCGAUAGCCCUCUCCUCCAUGAACCAGCAGUGGCUCUCAAAAGACAGAUAUAUUCUCCCUGAGUCCCUUUUAACCAGAAGCAACCUGGACUCGAGAGAACAUCACCUUUAUCAUCAUCAUUGUUUACCAAAGGUCCCAGGGCAGGAUAUGACAAUUAAUAAUAAUAAUAAUAAUAAUAAUAAUAAUAAUAAUAAUAAUAUCUUUAUUGUCAUUGCCCCCUUCGGGGACAACGAAAUUACUUGACUGCUCCAUAAAAACACUAAUUAAACAAUACAGUAUAAUACAGCAAGGGAGAUUAGAUGACUUUCAAAGUCCGGGCUUCCCAUUCAGGGCCGAGAUCGCUCUGGAGAAGAAGCUGUUCUUAAGACGUUUCGUUCUUGUCUUCAUCGUCCUGUAUCUCUGUCCCGACGGCAAAAGCUCGAAGAGACAGUGACCAGGAUUAAUAAUAAUAAUAAUAAUAAUUUAUUUGUACCCCGCCCAUUUGGCUGGGUUUCCCCAGCCACUCUGGGCGGCUUCCAACAAAGAUUAAAAAUACAUUAAAAUGUCACACAUUAAAAACUUCCCUGAACAGGGCUGCCUUCAGAUGUCUUCUAAAUGUCAGGUAGUUUAUCUCUUGUGACAUCUGAUGGGAAGGCAUUCCACAGGGCAGGCGCCACCACCGAGAAGGCCCUCUGCCUGGUUCCCUGUAGCUUUGCUUCUCGCAGUGAGGGAACCGCCAGAAGGCUCUCGGCGCUGAACCUCAGCAUCCGGGCAGAAUGAUGGGGGUGGAGACGCUCCUUCAGGUAUACUGGGCUCCUUCAGGUAUAAUGUUAAAAGUGGUUUGAAACAAUUUACAAUCCCAGGAAUCAGGUGGGUCCUAAAAAUAUGCCUCUCAGGUUUCAGAAGCCAAGAUACAGAGGCGUGUCUUCAGCGAUUGCCCAAAGCUGUGUAUUGAAGAUACCUUACACAUCUCUGCAGGGAAGGAGUGCUUAGGGGUUGCAGCAGAGAAUGGCCUCUUCCUGGAUCGGGCCCCGCUCCCGAGCUUCUGAGGGCAGUGGAACAACCAAUAGGGCCCCCUCAGCCAAUCUUAAUAUCCAAGGAGGCUGCAGCGAAGGACCAGGGGGGUGACUUUCAGGAAUUUGGGGCCUGAGUUGCUUAUUGCUCUGAACACUUAAUGGGAGCACCUUGAAUUGGAAGCGAAGCUGGCGGCAUGGGCAGCUCUUGGCUAUUCCGCCCUGCCGUUUCACUGGAGAAAAGCAUGCGGGCAGCUCCUCUGUCCUCCUCCUUCACGGUUCUCCUGAAAGAUCCUCGGCACACUUUCAAUUUGUGCAGCUUAUUUCCCUCUGUAUUCCCCUGUGGGAAUCCUUACACAAAGCCAUUUGGUGAACUUUAGCCUUAAGGAUGGAGUCGGGAGUGUUUUCUUUCGCCUCAGAGCCUCUUUCGUAAUCUAACGUGGCCCUUGGGGAUGUUUUUAAAUGGGCCUACCGUAUACUAUCUCUCAGAAGUAAAUUUUUAAAUAACUUGCCUGUCGCAGAUGCUUUGUGCACCUUGCCUUUGACUGCCCUUUCUGUGUUGAGACAUUAAAAGUAUAUUAAAUGAUUGUUAACACAUAGAACAAAGGUGUCCCUGUGUGUGUGUGUGUGUGUGUGUGUGUGUGUGUGUGUGUUGAAAGAUUGGGGCAGUCACUCGCCCUUCUGUUGAGGGAGGGUUAAAGGAUAUCCACAGCACCUUUUGUGAAGGUUUACUCUGGAGGAAGCUAUUUGGCUCAUGUGCAGAGCACCACAAACCCUCUUCACGGAGAGGGGGGGUCAGAAGUGCUCCCCAUUCCUGUUGCACCUUCAUGUCACAGGCAUCUGACAAGAGUCUUAUCAAAGCCAUGUCUCCCCUUCUUCCUUCUGUCUCAUUCAACAUCUACGUCGAAAAGAGUUGCUUGGUUUUCACAGGGUUACAUAUGUCUUCACCGUGUGUCCUCCUCUUCUCCCGCUUCCUUCCUUUAAUCAAAGUAUGCAGACCCCGUGGCCGACUUGCUGGAUCGCUGGGGCGUCUUCAGAGCUCGGCUCUUCAGAGAAUCCUGCGUUUUCCACAGAGGGAAUUACGUGAAGGAUCUAAGCCGGCUUGGGCGGGAGCUGAGCAAAGUUAUUAUAGUGGACAACUCCCCUGCGUCUUACAUCUUCCACCCUGAAAAUGCAGUAAGUACUAGCACUUUGCAAUAGACGGGAGUCAAUUCUUUUGUCUCUGGGUUUGUUUAUUCAGGCAUUUGCUGCUUGCUAAGAUCCACAAGUGCUUGCUCUCGCUACUGUAAAAUGGAGCAGGGCAACAGCAUCAACGCCUGAGGAGCAAAUGCUACAAAAUGCUUAAGUCAUGGGUAGGCAAACUAAGGCCCGGGGGGCGGAUCUGGCACAAUCGCCUUCUCAAUCCGGCCCGCAGACGGUGCAGGAAUCAGCAUGUUUUUACAUGAGUAGAAUGUGUCCUUUUAUUUAAAAUGCAUCUCUGGGUUAUUUGUGGGGGGCGUAGGAAUUCGUUCAUCCCCCCCCCAAAAAAAAUGCUCCGGCCCCCCACAAGGUCUGAGAGACAAUGGACCGACCCCCUGUUGAAAAAGUUUGCUGACCCCUGGCUUAGGUGUUAAGAGGCAAGAGAUGGGCAACUCUUUUGUUUGUGUCAGAAACUCAUUGCAUUCUGUUCCUGGGCUUGCUUGAAAGAUGCCAAGGUGUUAACCAGGAAAGUAGGGUUUUUUCUUUCUCCUGGAUCUUCAGAGCAGACAACCUGGGGGGAGGGUGUACGUACACACACACACACAGAGAGAGAGAGAGAGAGAGAGAGAGAGAGAGAGAGCACCCUGUAUAUAUAAAGCACUGGGAGCAUUUUAGGCCAGUUGAUUUUGGUAGUGAAAACAAAAUGAAAUUUUAUAAUUUAAUAGUGCUGGGAAGAACAAAACCCAGUGCCCAGUGGGGAUGCUUAAGGGCCCGCUGUGUCAGGUCAAAGGAAUACCUAGUCCAGCAUCCUCUUCUCACCGUAGCCAACCAGAUGCUGUGCAGGAAACCCCAAAACAGGGCCUGAGCACAGCAACACUCUCCCCAUUUUCUUUUGAGUGGAAAAGUGGUGACAACCCCCUCAACAGACACCAGUUGAUCCGCACAGAUUUGAGAGGCCUGCAUAUUUGGGGUGGCCGCACCCGCUUUUGGCUACACCCACCCCAGAGGGCUUGCGAGGAGAGCAGCCGCCUCCUCAUUAAUCCCAGAUAUCCAAACCACCAUCUGCAUGAGUUCGUGGUGAAUUUAAAUCAAGGAUACAAGGAUUAUUACUCCGCAGUGUGCCAGUAAGGAGAGAGGAUUCUUCUCUCGCUGGGUAUUCUCCUCUCCCUGUCCUCCCUGCCUUGCUUAUGCAGAGGAUCAUGGCCACAUUAUUUUAUUAUUUUCUGCUACCUUGCACUAUAAUUAAGUUGCUCCAAAGCUCUGCCAUAGUUUAAGGAAUCCUGGAAGGGAAUGGGAAUAGGGAGAGGCAGCAAGAGAAGAAGCUGUGGCUCUUUUCAGCAGCCUAUUUCAGAGCUGCCGAGCCCCCCCCUUUUUUUUUAGCCUGAUGGCAUCUAGGCACCUGGAUUUUAGGGGCUCCUGUUUACUCACCCCCUUAAAAUUGGGGAAAGCUUGAGAGUCGAAGGAACAGUUCUUAACGAUAUUACACGUUUUUUACUCUUCCAACUGUUCAGCUCUUCGAGACCAUUUGAAAGCUGGUAUUUUCAAAUUCUUCAUUGGUUGUUUAAUUUUAGAGCAGCUAGACGUUAUCUUACAUAAGGUACCAAAUGUUCAACCGGGGGGGGGGGGAGAAUCUGAAUGAUACCAAAUGUUUGUUUUUGUGGAGCUGUGAAUGAACUCUGAAAGUGACAGAGAGGGAGAGGGAGGACAACAGCUUUUCACAACCUUACAGUUAUCUGUAUAUGUCGGAGAGAAUUAGCAGUACAGAGCCACCUGCAGAAGCACCAGAGAUAAUCGAGUUUGUAUUGGUAUGCGAUUUUACAAUGGCCGGGUUGGCAUGUUAGCGUGAACUCGGAGUAUAGCUUACUGCGACAGCACAAACAAGCCGGUGAAAAGCUCAUAGCCGCUUUGCUCCUCCAUGGAUGUGGGGCAAUACUGAUGUUACUACUACGUGGCUUAGUGGGUUGUCGAAACCUGGGAUCGUGGUUCUUCAGGUCUCUUCUCCUUAACCAUGACCUGUUGGCAAACCUCAGCAUUGCUGCUACACCACAUGGUCCCAUAAUGCCUGUGGAUCAGCAAAGCGACUGCAAUCUCUUCCCUGGGAGCCAGCGCACUCAUCCAGUGCUCCAGUUUGGCUUAGCAUUUGCCAAGGGAGCUUCGCAGCCAGAGGAGUGCACACAGCAGAGACUUAACUCUUCAUUGUCAACGAUAACACUGUUGCUUCCUCAGCUCUGGAGACCUGCGCGCACCUGUCUAGCCCCCAGGCAGUUGUUCCCAGCUCCGUGCUCUAUGGAGCAGUUGCAGCAACUGGGGACCACUCCCCCUCCAUCCGUUUAUGUACCUCCCCCUGACGUAGCCAGAGACUAUGCUGGAACGGAAGCUGCUGCUGCUCUUCCCACUUCAGUUCUCUACUGCUUCUGGGAGAGAGUGGUACAGAGGAGGGUGGGGAAGCACCUGGCCCUUCACUAGCCUGGCCUGCCUCUUCCUCCAGAUCUGAAGCUUCCCCUGCCUAUGAUCCUUCCUGGCUGGUACAGGUUCCCACAGACUACUGCCCCCCUGCCCGAGUCAGACUCCAUCUCCCCUUACCCUGGUGCACAAUCAUCAGCGUCCUACCAGUCACUGACAUGCUGAUGUGGCCAGUAAGAGUUCUUUACCCACUGAAUUAUAUAUCCCUGCCUGAUCUCAUAGAGUCUGGGGAGUCUGUGAUGAUGGUCUCUGUCCCCCCACCCAGCUACCCUGUGGCUCAAAUGCACAGUUCAUGACUACUAGUGGACAUGUGUUUGGUGAAGCCCGUGGAACCCCCUCCAACUCAGAUUAAACAGACUGGCACACAGAUUUUGAUGAGUUUCAGGCACAUGACAAAGACUUCUAUUAUUUCAGCAGGCAUCUUAAAGUAGUGUUUUGGUUUAAGUCCCAUUUUAUGAUGGAUUUUGUACCCAGUUUAUUCUCUGCACAAUUAUUCUAACCAUUAUGCCGUAUAUGGGACGCGGGUGGCGCCGUGGUCUAAACCACAGAGCCUAGGACUUUCCAAUCAGAAGGUCGGCGGUUCGAAUCCCCACGACGGGGUGAGCUCCCGUUGCUCGGUCCCUGCUCCUGCCAACCUAGCAGUUUGAAAUCACGUCAAAAUGCAAGUAGAUAAAUAGGGACUGCUGCGACUGGAAGGUAAAUGGCGUUCCCAUGCGCUGCUCUGGUUCACCAGAAGCAGCUUAGUCAUGCUGGCUACAUGACCCAGAAGCUGUCUGUGGACAAACGCCAGCUCCCUUGGCCUAUAGAGCGAGAUGAGCUCGCAACCCCAGAGUCGUCCACGACUGGACCUAAUGGUCAGGGGUACCUUUACCUUUAUGCCGUAUAUAAAAUGCCUUGAAUUAAGGUUUCAUGCAAGACACUUCCUUUGGGGAUGAGGGUAGCUGAUUUGUUUUCAACGAACGUGUUUAACAUGACACUGUUUGUUUGUUUGUUUGUUUGUUUGUUUGUUUGUUUGUUUCAGGUGCCUGUGCAGUCGUGGUUUGAUGACAUGACAGACACGGAAUUGUUAGACCUCAUUCCUUUCUUCGAAGGACUAAGCAAAGAGGAGGAAGUCUACACUAUGCUCCAUAAACUCUGCAACAGGUAGCCUUGCAAGGCCACGCCUCUGCUUGACCGUAGCCGCUCCAGGACAGCCAAUCCCAGCGCAGCACCUCAGAGGCAGCUCGAGUUGUCAAGAGUCACGAUGCUCUUGAUCUCCCUCUUAACUUGCUGUGCAUGAAGGACAAUCAUGAAUUGAUGCGACUUAAAUCAUGGGAAUAUUGAUGCCGUAAAAGCGACGAGACUACUUGGAGAGGAAGAAAAUUAAAAAGAAGCCAUUUUGAAUGGGGACUGUUUUAAUGAAUUUCAUAAAUGGACACAAUUUACAGGAUCCACUUUUUUUCUUAAAAACAUGCCAAAAAUAUAUAUAUAUUGAAAGCUUGAUGUUUCAGCAAGUCGACUGGACCCUUUCCCCCCACCCAAGCCCUCCUGCUAUGCAGACCAUUUUUCCCACCCCCGCCCUGCUUAUAAGAGCAGUUGACCUGACUCUGAACUUGUCUUUCUUCCACGAUGAAGUGCCUUUUUGAAUGUUGUUUUCAGAUUUUAAAAAAAGAGACAUUUUUGUAUUAAGGCGUAUUUCCAGGCAUCUUUUAGUCUUGUAUUGUUUAAAUGCUUUAAGAAGAAGAGAGAAAGUUGGAAAUCUUUUUAUAGAGCACUGUAAUAUAUGGAGACGAAGGCAAAAAUUGAAAGAGGUCCUGCCUACAAGAUGGUGACAUUGGGGUUGCAUUUGCUGCGCUUGUGUCACGUUUGAAAAGGUUCAGGAAUCUAUACGAGGAAAAAGUCAUCUGGGUUAUAUAUAGGUUGGUGACGCAACUGUCUUACUAAUUUGAGUCAUGUUUUGCACAUAGCUUAGGGUAUCUCUGCAUUUUUUGACUGCAUACGACAAAACGGAAUGGGAUAAACACACAGUGGCAAGGAGUUCUUCAGCACCUUCAAGAGGUGGGGAAAGAGAGAGGGUCUUGUACUGUCUUUGCUAACGCACAACUGCCAGGUGUUUCAGAUGCUGUUAGCGGUGAGCUACCGAUAAGCAUCGACGACAAAUGGGGGUUUAUUUAUUAAGCUUGAAUUCCUUCCUUACCGAAAGAUGCAAAUUGAGCUGUUAAGAAGCGUGGGCCCAAGCCCCCCCCAAGUGAAAGGAGUGCAGGAGAUCACACAAGAGCACAACUCCCAUUCCUGUCACAAUGGGGUGUUAGUGUGUAGGAGACAGUUCCCCCCCCUUUUUUUGUGCCCUGUAUAUUUUGUUUUUCUUAACUGCUGCUACUGAAGGUUCACCAAACAGAGCUGAACCCUGGCUGUUAUACUGUUCUUCGCCACUGUGCCUGUGCUACUGAAAACCUUUUUCUGUAAGCUGCAAAACAUGGGCAACAAAUGAAGUGCUAGCUUUGUGUAUCAAACAGUAUUAUAUAUCAUAGAAUCAUAGAAUUGUAGAGUUGGAAGGGACCAUGAGGAUUGUCUAGUCCAACCACCUGCAAUGUAGGAAUCCUUUGCCCAAUCUGAGGCCCACAACCCUGAGAUUAUGAGUCUCAUGCUCUAGUGACUGAGCUAUAUAGGCUAGCUAAAUCAAACGUGUCCUGCAAAACUCUUUCAAACUGGGGUUGUGUUCUCAUGUGCUUCAUUGUGGGAUUUUUUAAAACUCACUUUCCCUGCUUUGAGAAUUACAAAAAUGACAAUUCUUUGCUUACCGCGACCUUCCUCUAUUUCAUUUCAUUUUAUUUUCCCCACUUGCUAGAUGAGAUUUCAGAUUAUCAUCCCUUUGCAGAAAAACUCAGACUAACAGAACUGAGGUUACCUAUAUCACGUACAUGUUGGAGUUACCCAGUUGUUUGAAAUUGGAGUAUUUGUGUUAAGACUCUCAAAGUGUUCUCCAUAGCUUGGGCUUUUAUGCUUCUUGCAUUUUCUAUUGCCCCUGCCCCUAAUUUGUUCAUGUAAAGAAUGUCAGUCUUAUCCACAGAGAGAUAAUUUUUUUAAUAGCAAAGGAUUCUAUCUUUCAUACUCUCAUCUCUCUCUCUCUCUCUCUCUCUCUCUCUCUCUCACACACACACACACACACACACACCACUUGAAGCUCCAAAGACGACAAACCUAGCAGCACAAUCCCAUUUUGAUGAUUUGCCUCUCUGCUCUUUUCCUUCCCGAUCAAUAUCUGAGGCCACUUUUUUUCCCUUUGCACCAACUUGAAAUCUAUAGUUGCUCAGAUUAGCCAUACUGGACAGGAAUUGUCCAAAAGGAAAAAAGAGGGGAGAAAAACCCUCUUUGGUGCUUAGCCCAGUAAACUGUCAGGUGCAGAAACAGCUUGUCUCUACCUGCCUUUACCUGGGUAAUGGCCAGUAGGAGCCAAAAAUAGGAUUUACACUAUUUACACUAAAAACAUCGAAGAAGCAGCUUUUAACACAUUUAUACGUAAGAAAAGCCAGCCUCCAUGGGCAUGAAAUAGGUUAUCACAGGCACAGCAGAAAACAGAAUUGUCACUCCAUAGUAUAAUUUCGCACGGUGUUCGCAGAGCCUCUUACAAUUCCACUUGUCCCAAAAUUACCGCCCACCUUUCCACCCCUUGCUUGCCCACCAGAGGUUAUUUAACUGAGUACCGUAUGUUUUGUCCGCCAGGAAACCUGGCAACGUAAGAGAAAACCUAGGGGUUAUUUUUCUUUUUCGUUUUGAUUUUUUUUUUUAAAGUAUGGAUUCUGGCUAGUCCAUUUAAAGCUUACCUUCAAUCAAAGUGUUCUUUAAUUUUUGUAUUUGAAUGCAGAAUAAUGAAAAGCGGUUGUUACUGCCAAAGCGUGUUCUCUGAGCAGUAUUUUUCCACUGUGCUUCUGGCCUCCUGAGCCUCGAGUAGAGUCUGCAGGGAAAAGUAUUCAGGUUGUAGCAAGGGCAGGGAUGACGGAGAAUGGUUGGAACGAAGGAGAAGUCAACCGCGGGUGGUUAUUCUCGCCCCCAUGAAGCUUCGCGAUCUUCCAACCAUCGCUUGUCCUUUGUCCCGCCCUUUCUAGCACGACGUGACCUUCUGACAAGUUUUACGUGAUCUGUUUGUACAUAACGCAGGCCAUUUUCAUUCGAUGUUCACUUUUUUAUAAAAGGAAGGGGGCGGGGAAAUCGUCGAUUUUAUCUCUUUAACCAGUUGCCUUAAAUGUCUGUGAAUGAAUGUCGAUAUUAAAAGUGUCUUGUAACAUUGUGGAAUCCACAUGCAAUAGACAAUGGAACUUCUCUUUCUGGUUUCUCGCCUCUCCCCACCCUCCUCCCCCCAACUCUAUUGAAACAUGCUGAAAAUAACUCUGGGAAAUUUAAAAAUCUGCUAAAUUCUUGAAAUAAAUAAAUAAAUAGCGGUUUAUUAUAAAGCCAUGUGACU